GUGCCGUAAAGCGGAGAGUCGCGUUGAGAAGUGGUGCCGUAAAGCGGUGAGCGCUGCGCUGAGGGGGGUGCCGUAAAGCGCUGUGCGGGGAGGAGCCGAGCAGGAGAUGUCGGAUCGGAUGAGCUGAGCUCCCCCGGCCGGGGCCUGCACGGACACACAGCGGGGGGCCCGCACCGAGCCCGGGUACAGCACCGAGCCCGGGUACAGCACCGAGCCCUGCACACACCCACACACUGUCCGCGGGGCCCCCCACUGACACCCCCCCCGGGGCCCCGACCAUAACCACCACCAGCACGGGCCCCCAGAGUACCCCACUGCCCCCCAAUACUGCGCUGUACCCAGAGCACCCCACUGCCCCCCAAUACUGCGCUGUACCCAGAGCCUUACUGCCCCAAUACUGGGCUGUACCCAGGCACCCCACUGCCCCCCCAAUGCUGGGCUGUACCCAAGUACCCUGCCCCCCAAUACUGGGCUGUACCCAGAGCACCCACUGCCCCCAAUACUGGGCAUGCAGGCACCCACUGCCCCAAUACUAGGCUGUACCAGAGCCACCCACCCCCAAUAUAGGCUGAGCACCCACUGCCCCCAAUACUGCGCUUUGUACCGGGCACCCACUUUUAUUUUGGGCUGUACUGACACCCACUGCCCCCAAUACUGGGCUGUACCCAGAGCACCCACUGCCCCCAAUACUGGGCUGUGCAGAGCACCCACUGCCCCAAUACUGGGCUGUACCCAGGCACCCUUUAAUGCUGGGCUGUACCCAGAGCGCCCACUGCCCCCCCCAAUACUGGGCUGUACCCAGAGCACCCCACUGCCCCAAUGCCUGGGCUGUACCCAGAGCACCCCCUGCCCCCAAUGCUGGGCUGUGCCAAACCUGCCCCCAAUACUGCGCUGUGCCAGGCUUCCCCUGCCCCCCCCAAUACUGGGCUGUGCCCAGAGCACCCACCACUUGUGCCUAGACAUGCCAGAGCACCCACUGCCCCCAAUGCUGGGCUGUAGAGCACCCUGCCCCCCAAUACUGGGCUGUACCCAAGAGCACCCCACUGCCCCCAAUACUGGGCUGUUAGAGCCUUACCCCAAUACUGGGCUGCAGAGCACCCACUGCCCCCCAAUGAGCAGAGCACCCACUGCCUAAUACUGGGCUGUACCCAGAGCCUUCCCACCCCCAAUACUGGGCUGUACCAGAGCACCUGCCCCCAAUACUGGGCUGUGCAGAGCACCCUACUGCUCCCAAUGCUGGGCUGUACCCAGAGCACCCUGCUCCCCAAUGCCUGGGCUGGCCCUUAGAACCCCACCUUUAAUACUGGGCUGUACCCAGAGCACCCACUGAGCCCCCAAUGCUGGGCUGUACCCAGAGCCACCCUGCUAAUACUGGGCUGUACCCAGAGCACCCCACUGCCCCCCAAUACUGGGCUGUACCCAGAGCACCCCACUGCCCCCCAAUACUGGGCUGUACCCAGAGCACCCUACUGCUCCCCAAUACUGGGCUGUACCCAGAGCACCCUACUGCUCCCCAAUACUGGGCUGUACCCAGAGCACCCCACCGCCCCCCAAUAUCGGGCUGUACCCAGAGUACCCCACUGCUCCCCAAUACUGGGCUGUACCUAGGGGCCCCCAUUGCCCUCCAAUACUGGGCUGUACCCAGAGUACCCCACUGCUCCCCAAUACUGGUCUGUACCCAGAGUACCCCACUGCCCCCCAAUACUGGCCAUGUCUCAAGCUGCACCCCGGACUCUCUCUCCCUCCGGCUCUGCACACAGGGGUCCCUAGCUCUGUGUAACCAAAAUCCCCCAUCCCCCACACAGAGCCUGCCCUGUGACCCUUGUCUCUCUUCUUAUUUUUUGUGGCCCUUGACAUUUUGUAUACAGUAUUUAAUGCCUGGAAUGUACUUGGUGGCCCCUGGCUAUUCUCAUCUGUUCUGUAGUAUACCCUGUGGCCCAUGGCAUUCUGGAUCUCUCCCCUCCCCCCUAUGUUUACAUUCCCAGUGCUGUGGUCCCUGUUUACAGUGUAACUCUCGCUGCAAGCUGCUGCACUGAAUUUCUGGCAAGCUCAGUCCCUCACUUACUAUUCUGAUAAGCUGGCACAGUGGCUGCUCUCGAUUCUUAAUGCAGAUGGCACCACGGCUACUCUGGGUUUUACUGUCUGGUGGCUCUGCGCUACUAAUGGCAUAGUCUAGUGACUCUGCGGCUACUUUGGGUGUUGGGAUCUGGCAGCUCUGUGUAUACUCUUGAGUUGCCCAUUUUCUUGGCAUUGCAUCAACACAUGGCACCCCAUUUGCUGUGCUGUACAUCCUUUUACUAAGUAUAUGUAACGUUCCUUUUUGUGAACCCUAAAUAUGGAAAAAAAUUUAAUACACAUUUGAUUAAUGCUGCAGAAAUAUUUUAUUUGCUUUUCUACAAAUAUUACACUCCCUUUUACUGGUGCGGAUACCCCAUUAUUGAUGGUGUAGCAGAAGUUGAUCCCUAAAUUGUCGUGCUACCACUUUACAUUGUGGAACCCUGUAAUCUUUGUGGCUGGCCUUUUCAUGGUCUGAAUGCUUCACCUUUGCGGGGGGACUAGUGUGCGCUGCAGUAACCCCCUGUGGAUUUUGGCUGAUCUCUCUCUGUCUAGGUACUGCUCUUUAUCUGGCACCUGUGACUCUUAAUGGUGGUGCUGUACCUGUUCUAGAUCCUCUUACUGCCCUUUAUCCACCAUUUAACAGAGCUGUAUAGUCUCCUCUCCAUCAGUCGGCUGGUCUUGUUCCAGAUUCUUAUCACCCUUGGGUUACACACACUCUGCAUCCAAAAUAGCUCCCCUGUUUAAAAUGUUGCAAAUGUUUUGGAUCUCUCCCAGAUUUAUUGUUAUGUAUAAAGUGCCAAUAAAUUCCGUAGCACUGUACAAUAGGUGGAAUAACAGACACGUGUUUGUGACCAGACAAGUGGGACAUACAGGAACAGAGGGACUGAGGUCCCUUCUCAAUGAAUUUACAUGCUAGAGAGAGUGGGGUAUAGUGACACAAAAGGCAAGGGUAGGGUGCAAGGAUAGUAUUUAUUGAGGGUUUAGUGUUUUUGUUUGAUGACCGGUAUGGGGAGGGAAAGCUGUUGACCGUUUAAAUGAUAUGCACUCCUGAAGAAGUAAGUUUUUAAAGAUUUUUUGAAGGAGUGGAGAUAGGGUGAGAGUCUAACAGAGAGAGGAAGGGCAUUCCAUAGGAAUGGUGCAGCCCCAGAGAAGUCUUUAAGGCGAACUUCAUAGGUAGGAGUAGGAACAGAGGUUAGACGUAGGUCUUCGGCAGAGUGUAGGGGCAUAAACAGGACGUAUUUGUGUAUUAGUGAGGAUAGGUAGGUUGGAGCAGCAUUGUGUAGAGCUUUGUAAACCAGUAAUCUUAAAUUGACUCAUCUUGCGGGAAGCCAAUGUAGGGACUGACAGAGGAGGCAAGUGCGGGCGGACAGGAAGAUGAGUCUUGCCGCCACGUACUGUAAAUGGGCAAGUUGGGAACACGUAAAACGACUAAGAUGCGGAUUACAGUAGUCAAGCCGAGAGAGGACAGUGGCAUGGACAAGCACCUUAGCCGUAUCUGGCGUUAAAUAGGGUCGGAUGCGUGCUAUGUUUUUAAGAUGGAAGCGGCAGGAUUUGGCGGUUGAUUGGACAUAAGGGGUGAAGGAGAGGUUGCAGUCUAGAGUCAUGGUUUCCAGCUCUGCCUACACCAGGCUUUUAGUGUCCCCUCUAGCGUCUUGUGUGCCAUCAUCUAGCACGUGUGAAACUCCUGACAAACACCCAUGUACUGAGAUAAAUCUAUCUUUAUGGAAUUUUAUAUUUUCUCCAGUCUGCACUUUAUUACUGAGGUGUCCAAAAUUUCCCUCUUCUGUUUUACUCUCUCUCAUCAUGUGUCAGCACAUUGCAGUAAAUAAUAAUUCUAUAACCAAACAUAGUCUGUUUACUUUGGCACUCUGGACUUGGUGCAUACUGUUUAUCUGUUGUGGCAGUUACGUAAACUACAACUCACGUAGCACUUCUAGCUUACAAAUCAAAAGAUGAAUGUAUGUUUAUAAUUAAAAAACAAAACACACCCUAAACAUUGAAAUUAGAGUAGUUAAAUACAAAUCUAAUAAAAAAGGAGUUAUUUUUGUUUAUAUAGAAACACCAAAAUAAAGCGAAUAACCAUGUCCAGACGCUGACGCAAUCCUAACACUGCUUAGCAUGCAAAGUUGGAGCAGUUUCAAAAACACUUUGAUCUUUUUUAAUGGCUAUCGCAAUUUAUUUUACAUCGUUUCAUUUCUGACACAAAAACUUUUAUGUAAUCUUAUAAUUUGUUUUUCUGCAGGUCACUCACCUAUUUUGUAAAACCACUAAUUCCUGGCUUGUGAGUAUUUACUAAAUUUAACUUUGACAAACUUUAAAAUAUUGUAAUAAAAAUAAAUAAUUGGAUCAGUAUAUGUACACAUAUAUUCUGGAUUGCACUUUAAUCAUCUAACAGUAUCAAACAGCUUUGCUGAAAGUCUAAACCGUGGCUCUGAAACUUUGGUACCCCCGGUGCUGAUGGACUACAACACCCAGAAUUCUUUAAUGCAUAAGCUGGUCACGCAUCAUGUACGUUGUAGUGCAGCAGCAUCUCAGAACUGGAGUUUGUGAUGUCUGCUCUAAACAAUCCAUUUUAAAUGAAAUUGUAUCUCUCUAUAGAAAUCUGUUGAAACUUGUUUGUGGACUUUCAAAGUCUAAUCAGCGAUGUCUCUUUAAAUAUACAUGGUGAUAUAUAUCAAAGUGGUGUAGAGUUGUAAAAAUGUCAGUUACUGUGGUCACAGACGGCAUAUUCCAUUGGGAAUUUUGCAUCUUUGCACGACUCCGGUAAAUUUUCUUGAGUCCUAUUCUGAAUGCCAUUGAAAUGCAUAUACCAUUCCAUAAAUUGGUACCUAGCUGUAGUUUGUGGUAGAGAGCAAAACAUGAGCUCACGAUUACCUAGAAAGCCAACUUACCCUUAGUCAAGGAAGUAAAGCUUUGUUUCUGGCCCCUUAUAACCCUUUCAUUUCUUAUUACUUCUGAUAUUGAAGUGCGUUGCUUUUAUUCAAUUUCUUAUUCAGAUUUCUGAGAUUUCAGCACCGUUCUUCUGCAGAAUAGACAUGUCCUUCACUGGUGGAAUGGCUGAUGGCAAAACAGAUCUUACCAACGGUAAGCGAUAUUCCAAGCUGUGUCCCUCAUCUGGGGCUGUGUGUAAUUUGAAAAAGUUGAAAAAUAAGUUUGCAUCUUUUAUUUGUCUGCGUUUCUCGUUGUGCAGAAAGUAUAACACAGUUUGUUUACAUAGCAAUAUAGAAGAGAGAAAAUUGCCAAUAAUAAAGAGGAAAUGCUCUGUUUUACUUCAAAACUAGUAUUGAGCAAGCUAAAAGUUUAUUUAAAGGCAUAGUAAACACCGGUAACUUCAAAGAUUGUUGUAUUAAAAAAUGUCCAGUCUUUGAAGGGACACUCUACAUACUGUUUCAUGUCUUUCAAUAGGUCAUAGUGUCUACAGUCCCAUAGCACUGUCCCUCUAUUCAGUAAUAAACCAUUUUUGGGCAGUUUAACACUGAAUGAGGGUCCCUGAUCGCCCACAACUCAUACCAGCAAUGGGAGAGACGGUCAUAGGCUGGAAAUGGUCAGCUUGCGCCCUAAGCCUAUUACAACCACCCAUUGCUGUUCAGAUAAAUUGUUCCACAUAAACCUGAGCAGCACAAAUUUAAUGUUUUAACACUGAACAGAAAAUUGGAGCCAAGGGACUUCAUCCAUUGUAAUUAUUUCAGUGACAUUGUUAUGGGUAUAUGCAAAUAUUACAAGUUUUUAGAAUGAAAGUAUUUCUUAAAGGAACAUCUUCCUGACCCUAUAGUGUUAAAACCACCUUUUAGGUGGCUUGCCCCCCUUAACACCCUUAGAAAGGGUUAAAAUUUACCUUAUUUCCAGCUCCAUACAGGUCCACCAGCGCGGGCUCAGCCCCCGAUUUGCCUCAUUGGUGACAUCAUUUAAGAUUUUUAGCCAAUCCAAUGCUUUGGAUUGGCUUAAAUCGACAAGGUGGGAUGGGGGUGGGGCCAAACACAGUUUUGGCCAAUUAGCACCUCCUCAGAGAUGCAUUGAAUCAAUGCAUCUAUAUGAGAAUUUCAGCGUCUUCAUGCAGAAAAACGCUGAAUGGCCGUGCUGCCCCAGGAAGUACCUCCAGUGGUCAUCUGAGGAGUGGCCACAAGAAGUAUACCUAGGGGGCAAUGUAAACACUGCCUUUUCUCUGAAAAUGUCUGAACGGAGUGAUUAUACACACCAGAACAACUACUUUAGGCUGUUAUGGUGACUAUAGUGUCCCUUUUAAACUGUGUACUUUGUCUUUAAGAGAUUUUGCUAACUGACAAGUUGUUAGAAAUGGAACAUUAUUAUUAUUAUUAUUAUUUUUUAUAUACAGUGUUUCCUUAAUAAAUUACCUCUUACCCGUGUUCAGACUUUAGGACGCUAUCUUGUCCUAGGUUAGUGGAAUUCCCCAAGUCAUGUCCAACCUUAAGUUUUAGUCCAAACAGAUAAGAUGUUCCGAUGUGAAAUGACAAAGUCAUGGCCUCGUAUCUUUGCCAAGUUAAGAUAGGUUCUAACAUGACCGAAUUGAAAAUCCAAGGUAUAAAUAUGUUUACUUAUUAAUAUUAGGACACAGAGGAGAGAUUUUGGAGACAGAGACUCCGCUCCACUUUAUUAAGACUGAGAGGUUGACUUGUUUAAGAUGUAAUUCUAUUUUACUGAUAUUGCAAACACAUACUUUAAUCUUAUAAACUCUGCAAUAAAUUAUUGUAAUGGAUUAUUACUUUUUUAUGUCUGUUUUAUUUAAUAAAAUAUUUUAAAGGACAAAACUUUAUUGCUUCCAGGACAAUCCCUAUUUAUAUUGUAUUCUUAAUUACUUAUAUAUUUUAAAUAGAGGGAACUCUUACAAACUAUAUAGUAUGGCUAAGACAUCUGUACGGUUAACCCUGCUCAAUUCUAUGCUCUAAGACAUUAUAGUGGUAAAUAGGUGAACCAGCAGCGCUUACAACAUGAAGUUAUUGCAGUGCCCCUUUAAGAUCUUUGUGGCGUAACCCUAAUGGGGCAUUUUUGCUCUUGCUGGGUCAGGGUGCGUGCAUAGAUUGUCUCCUAAUGUUCUUGGUGAACUGAAAUGGGACCAUCCACAGAAGCUUACUAAACUAAUGUGCAAAGUCCACAAUGGGACAUUUGAAAGCGUAUUUGUUAAUUCUUACAAAUAAUACAUAGUAUCCUGAAAAUAAUGAUAGGGCUUACAAAUCAAAUAUAACUAUUUAUUUAAAAAUAAACACCAUGGUAGAUAUGCUUCCUUGUGAAGACCGCUAUUGUCAGCCAGUGACUGUGUAGUAUACAAGCGCUGUAUGAAGCAAAAGGAACACUCAAAGUACCGUAAAUGAGAGCGACCAACUGACAGUCUGUUAGUGAGCUAGACCUGCAUGCAGGGAUUAGCUAAUGGGAGCUAACCCAAGCUUAUGUUUGGGUGUGGAGGCACCUCAUGUAAAAAGUCAAGCUGUUACUGAAAGCGUAAUCCAGGGCUUAACGAAUCCCAGGAGCCUGGUAUGUCAGCCCUUGUACAAGGCCGCCCGCGGUGGCAUGGGAGACGGCCGCCCGCGGUGGCAGCAAUCUUCCUGCAGUUCCUCUCUGGGCCCUCGGGAGCUGGAAUAUGACUUCACUCCGGCCCCGGCAUCACUACUGAGAGCGCGAGGGAGCAGAGAGGAGUUGCAGGUAGAUUACUGGUCCCUCACACGCAGGAAGAGAGAGCAGCCCCACUGGACCCCAGGGAAAGAUCCACUCAGCUCUCCCAAAGGUAGGGAGGCUGAGUGGAUUGCAAUUAAAAUAAAAAUCUGUUUGUCUGUGUGCGCGCGUGCGUCUCUUAGAGAGUGUUUGUGUGUCUGUUUAGGUACCUGCCUCUCUCCAAUCGAACAUGAAAGAUUUUUGUACUCGCCUUUUUUCCCCCACGCUGUGCCUGUUUCGCAAUUGCUGAAGUAAUCAGUCUUUAUGAUCUUAUCUAAGGGAGGAUAUUGCGCAUGCGCAGCAAAACAAUGUGCCAGUCGGCAUGUCCUCAUAGAGAUGCAUUAAAUCAAUGCAUCUCUAUGGGGAACAUUCAGCACCUCCAUACAGAGCGUGGAGACACUGAACAUUGGUGCUGCACACUGCAGCACUCCAAGGACUAUCUAGUGGCCAUCUGAGUGACUGUUACUAGGCAGCAAUGUAAACACUGCCCUGAAAAGACAGUGUUUACAUUGAAAGGUCUGCAGGAACAGUCUAUAGACAUCAGAACAACUACAUUAAGCUGUAGUGGUUCUGGUGUCUAUGUCUCUUAAGAAUAGCAUUUUUCUCGCUGAAAAUUAAACGUAAUUUUUUUUAAUUUUUUUUUUUAACUAGUUUCUUAGUUUAUUUUUUAUUUUUAUUUUAUUUUAUUUGGCCCCUAGAUUCUAAACAAAUUUGUCAAACCCUGGCGUAAUCACUAUAGUGCACUGUAGUGAUUAUGGUUCUUGGAGUGUUCCUUUAAUAUCUGUAGUAACGUACCUGCCAGGCUCUCAGCAUUAACGUCAAUGAAAUUGGUGUAUGUAAAUGCACAAUCAAGUGAUCAGAGGUUCCAAGGAAAGGUCUGAAGUGGGCAAGUCACAUUGAAGAGCAGGUCCGUUUGGGUUUUCCAGGGUUGCCCUCAUUUCAGUUACACAUACAGCUUUUGAUUUGUUUGCUAAAUUCAAUCCCCCUGGAUCUAUGCCAAUGACAUGUUAAGUGUACUAACUAGGGAUAUUUUACUUUUUCACGAAGUAGAGAUUUAUUUCAAAAUUAUUCGCUUUGCAGAUAAAGUGUUUGGUGGCAGGUUAAUGUAUACAUUCAGGAUUAUUUACUAAAGUGAGAGUUGUUGAGAAUUUAAACUCUGUUUCACUCCAAAGAGUGAAACUUAGAAAAUUCACUAAGUUGGCAAUGCUUCCAGUUUUUAGCUCUUAGGCUCAAAAUUUUAAAUUGUCUUUGAAUUCACUUUCCCCUUGAAUUCCCCUCAACAACUCUCGCUAUAGUGGAUAUGCCUUAGUAAACCAGUCUGAUUGCGUGAUUCAGUACUGGUCACCUCUCUAACACUUGCUGUGAUGUCUAUUCCACUGUACAGGCAGCUUUUCCAGCAGUCCAGAAGACAUGUCUGGAGCUGAAGAAGGUAAGGAGAACUCCUCUGGAAUUGAGGUGGAGGCCUCUGAUGUGAGCUUGAGUCUCACUGGGGAUGAGGCUGGAGCUACUCGAGUAGAGAGAGACACUGGAUCUGAGACCUCAGGGGAGGACAAAGACUCUGAUAGUAUGGACGACACUGGCCAUUAUUCCAUCAAUGACGAUAAGAGAGGUAAUGAUCGCUCCAACUCAGAGGACGAAGAAGAUGACGAUGAUGACGACGACGAGGAAGAAGACCAUCUCCGUAAGCGAGCCCAACGAAAACGGGCCAAUCACGACCAGGAUUCCUCAGAUGAUGAGCGAGCUCUGGAGGACUGGGUGACCUCUGAAAAGACACCACUACCCCGACCCAGAUGGAGGGCUAUCCGUGCCCUCAGACAACGAGAGAUGGGAAGCAGUACUCGCUUUAUCUAUGAUGCCUGUGGGGCAAGGGGGUUUGUCCAGCGUUUCCACCUUCUCCAUGGCUUGGAAGGGCACAGUGGCUGUGUUAAUACCUUGCAUUUCAACCAGCGGGGGACUUGGUUGGCAAGUGGCAGUGACGACCUCAAAGUUGUGGUAUGGGACUGGGUCCGGAGGAAGCCUGUGCUGGAGUUUGAGAGCGGCCACAAGAGCAAUGUGUUUCAGGUAAAUCACACUAACCCUUUAUUUUAUAGAACAUGACCUCAAUCUCCGAAUUAUAUUUAGGUUUUUUAGAUUCGUUGGAUGUACAACUGUAUUUUUCUUUUUCAGUCUUUAUAAUAAGCUUUGCUUGACGGCUCUCGGCCAAUGAAUAAUGUCCAAAGUUGGUAAACAAAAGCUGAAGUAUAAAUUUGAGAAUAGCUGUGCAAACCACAAGAGCUUUUGUAGCAUAUAUCUUCUUUACGGUCUUGAGUUAUUUUAAAGGGACAGGAACUGCUCUAUACCUGGCUGUGUGUGCACAUGGACCGGGGGCCAUAAAUGCUGAACCAUGCCCAUGGGCAAGCUUGGGUGCAGAGACAGGGAUUCUAAAUUCCACAGUUUACUCUGUAAUAAUGUGGGCAUUUCGCAAAUUUUUUUUAUUUUUAUGGAUCUAUCAAAAAGUAUGAUUUCACAAUUACUUUAAGUUAUAUGGAGAGGAGGGUACCAUGUUAAACAUAUGCAAAUUAAGUUCCUGAAAGUUACCAGAGGCAUUUCAUUUACUCCAAGUAGAGAGGUAUGUCUUGACUCCAGGCAGGGUAUCUACUUCUAUAUCCUGAGUUUUUGCUGGCCUGGAGAUAACCUCUCCUUUUGUCUGAAUUCACCAUGAUGAUCGUAUGCCGUGCCGUUGAUGCUAUCCUCUCUGUUCAUAUUGCUCUUAAUUAUCUGACUUGGAUCACUUGUAAAGAUGAGAUGGGAGAUUUAAAGAUCUCAGGCAUUAAUAAAUAGAUGCCAGUAAAGUGGCAGGUCCCUAAGUAGAUCACAACCAUCUUCUUCAUUGAUGGGUCGAUCCUUCCACCUGAUCUUCGAGCACUUCCUGACUGCUUGCUCUCAUUGUGCUGCUCUCUGCAAGAAUUCACUCCAUGGUUAAUGUGUCUGGUGUCUGUUUUGGCAUGGAACUCCCCACUGCCCUCAAUCUCUAUCCAUAUUUAUAUGUUACAGCCAUAUUAUAGCACAUGACCUCGAGUAAACCCGAUGGACCAUCUCUGUCACGUGUCCAGUAUAUAGUUGAUGCCCCAGCAGCAUCCUGCUACAACAUCCACACUCUAUCUUCCUUCCUAAAUUGCUGCACUUUAACACUAAAUAAUGGUCCCUUAGAGGUGUGGCUCGAACAAUUUAAACUAGAAUCCUGCUGGUCAGGUCUGGACAAACCGCAGCAUGGUUAUUUGCUAAAGUGAGAAUUGUUGGGAAUUUCAAAUUUAUGACCAAACUAGCAGAUCUUGUAACACUUUCCAAGUCACCUAUGCUUCCACUUUGACUAUUUUUACUUUAAAGGAUCACUAACAUGUAUUCCUGACCAUAUAGUGCUAAACUCUCCAUUUAGGUGGCUUGCCCCCCCACCUUAGUUCCCCAAUAAAGUAUAAAACUCACCUCAUUUCCAGCACCGCUGGCCGCCACCUUUGUGACAUCAAAAUGGCAGAUUUUUAGCCAAUACAAUGCUUUCCCAUAAGAAAAGCAUUGGAUUGGCUUAAAUUGGCAUGGGGCGGGGCCAAAUGCUGUUUUGGCUAAUCAGGGUGUCCUCAUAGAGAUGUAUUGAAUCAAUGCAUCUCUAUGAGGAAAAUUCAGAGUCUCCAUGCAGAGCGUGGGGACGCUGAACGGCAGGGCUGCUUACUGUGCAGCACUGAUCCAGGAAGUCCCUCCAGUGGCCAUCUAAGGAGUGGCCACUUGGAGGUAUCCCUAGGGUAAUGUAAACACUGCCUUUUCCCUGAAAAGGUAGUGUUUACAUGAAAAUGCUUGAAGGGAGCUAUUCUACUCACCAGAACAACUUCAUUAGGCUGUAGUUGUUCUGGGGACUAUAGUGUCAUUUUAAAUUUGAGAAUCCCUUUAAAUUCCCAACAAUGCUCACUUUAGCAAAUAACCCUGCUGGCGAUUUGUCCAGAUUCAAUAUCCCCACAGAAGUCGUUCCAUCGUACUUUUGACACUGAAUACUUUGUGUCAUUUGACAUUUUUUCAUCUGUUUUGCUUUUUGGCAUAAAGGUGCAUAGCAUCCUACAUAUUCUAGUGUGCAGUCUGGUGCAAGGAACUAUGUGAAUAUACUUUGAUGUCUGGAAAGCCUCUCAAAAGUCCCCAUUUUGGGGUCCAGCACUUUCUUCAUUGACCUGUAUGUUAGGUGUUAACCAGACAGGUAUCUGUUACCUUGACAUGCUUGAUGCUAGACGUUCCCCUGGCCCAUCCAUUAUGGACGUCGCUAGUGAUGUAUGUCACACCAGUCAGGGUCAACUCACCGGCAUCGAUUCCCGAUCUGCCAAUUUUGGGAAUUCUAAGUGAGCAGUGAGUCGACUGCUAACCAUAAAGGUGUAGAAUGGGACUGUGGGAAGGGGAGUGCGUAUUUAUUUCCCACUGUGCAGAGUGCAAUAAUGUAUCAUUUAUUACAUGUAAGAUGAUUGUUCCUGCAAUGCAGAGUACAGAUUAUUGUAAAUUGACCUUGGAUAUAGAUGUUGUAAAGCCAGGGAAAAGAAAACGAUAAAAAAAAAAUAUAUAUAUAUAAUAAUAAAUGUUCUUUUCUUAGAUUUCUCAAGGUUAGUUUAGCAGUGUAAGUUGCAAAAUGUGCUGUAGACUUUUUAUUGUACUGUUAACAAAUGGGAAAAAAAUAGAAAUUUUUUGUAAAUCAAAUUUUAUUCAGGUUUUGUUUUUUGUAAGUCGCGUUUGGAUGUCGUGGACUUGAUAUGGCUACAUGCAGGUACCUGUAACGGUGUGUAUGCAUUAAGUCAGUGCUCACAGGCACUGUUCAAUUUUAUGACAUAGUAAGUCGGUACAUGCAGGUACCUAUGGGAAAAAAUAACGAAGUGAGCCAGGAUGCUCAGAUCCCUUUGGGCUGAUGCUAGUGAGUGUUAAACGCUACUCAUGUACAAACCUAUAGUGGUUAUGUCACAUUGUAGAGCACCGAUAGGUGCCUAACUGUAACAGGCCCGGUGUCUGUGCUGCGAUGGCCCAGGGCGGGAGCACCCACUCAUUAAACAUUCAUUAUAGGAAUACUCUUACUACCAUAACCACUAUAGCAUGCUCUAGUCAAACUCUUUUCUAACUGUUUGAAUUCUAAUCCUGGUUCUACAGGGCGAAGGUUACGGAGAGAAAGAAGCUCCGGCUAGGAGCUUUGUUUGCUCUCUGAACCAAGCUAGGCUGAGUGUAUUAGCUGAUCUUUCAGCCAGUGAAUUAAGACUUUAACUGUUGGGCUUUGCUCAGGCAGAGAGAUUCCAGUUGUUGAAAGACGAGAAGUGGUACCUGGUGGACACCAGGUAAGAAGUCAAAUUGUUGGCUAAUGGUUUGACUGCUUACAAUGGAUGGGAGCCAGGGCACUCCUAACACCAUAACCACUACAGAGGUUGACAUGAGGAAACAUGUCAAAAAGAUGUAUUAAAUAAAAUUGGAUUUUUAAAUAAUGACAUCCAUAAUAUUGCCUUUUGCUUAUCUGUUAGACAAGCAAGAAAUCAGUUAUUCGAGAAAUUGGGAAUUAUGUUAUUAUGACCUGGGAAUGAAAAUUUUAAAAACAUUUUUAUAAAUUAAAAUAGCUGAGUGGAUAAUUUUCCGAUGUUUUUGAAAUGUUACCCUAGUAUUCCAACUCCUUGGAAAGGUGACAAGUGAUGAGCACUGGCCUCCACAAAUAAAGCCGCUUCCUUGGUUCCAUGGAUCCUUUUCUGGAUAUAGGUCACAAGAAGUGACAAUUACUGCAGGGAGAGAAACAACUUCAGAGUGCAUUCUUCCUGUGGCAGAGGAAACACUAUUUUCAAACCAUAACACCAGCAGAAGUCUUAAUUUCUUCAUCUUCCUCUGACCUUGGGCAAAAUGUAUCAUACUUGAAAGUUUGAGACGGCUUACAUCUUGCCUCCACGGUCUCUAGUCCCCCCCUGCUCACUUAUUUGUAAAAUAAUUCUGCAGGAGUUAAUCGAAGAAAAGACUGUUUUUCUGAUAGCUCCAUCUUGAUCCAGCUGAAGCAAGAUGGACCUUCCACCAGACUUCCUUCCAGAGUUAGACUUGCUUUAUAAAAGACCCAUUCUUCAUCACUAUCCAGGCUCCUUCUCACUUUUUCACAGUGUGAAGUCUGAGCUGGAGAUCACGAGCAGUUGACAUUUGUCAGAGAAAGUCCUUGACGUUCGUGCAGCAGUUAGGUGGUUCCGUAGACGGUUAUAACAUAUGUAAGAGGUUUCAUACUGGUGCAUGGAAUCCUGUAUAUUCCCAAAUCUUCAUUCUGGUCUUUCUUCAAGCAGGUGUUUAAAACUAUGAUUAGGCUAAAUUUAGCUGUGGAGCCGGCAUCUUGAACACAUGAGAGGCUGUCCCUGAAGCUUCCUUUUUAGGGGAAUACCCUAUUAUGGAUUGCAUACACUAAAACAGAAAAAUGCAUUCCACCCCAAAAGGCUGAUCUAACAGGGAGGUCAGGAAAAAAUUUACAGUUAAGUAUCUUUUUAUUUACUUGCGUGGUUUUUUUGUUUUUUUUUCUUGUUUUCUUUUUUUUAAAAUUCUUUUUAAUAGAAAUUAUGAAAUCUGAGUACCAAUAGAAUAUUAAUUUAAUUACACAGUGAUUACAUUGAAUUGCUGCAACACUGUGCCUAUUCGUAAAGUUUUACAAUAUAUUUGGUAAUGAGCCCCUUUUUACUGACUCUACUCUACUACUUUUGAGCAGAGCGUAACAGGACCGUCUGUCCACAGAGUAACAAUUUAUUACUCUAUUGAACUUUGCUUACCUUUUGAUGGGCCCAUGGCCUAAAUUGUGAAUGGCACUUCACUGAGUCUACAUAAGUAGCAGUCACGUACUUAAGGGAGAACAGUCUCCCAAUGGGCUUGAAACCUCAUGUAUUGGUUCUCAGAUCCUUUUUUAUUCUAGGUUGGCAGAGUAUUUGUGGAUGAGAUUUAUUGUAGCAGCUGCCUAAUUGAAACGUUGGUUCAUCCAGUUUCGAUGUGGGACUUAAAUCAGCUUACACUUCUUCCUUGUGAACCUGCCACGACGUGUCUUAUCAAAUGCUUUACUCUGAAAACCAUGUUCUUGAAUUGCCGUGACUGCAAUCCGAAGGCUUAGUGAAAUCCAAGCCUUGAAUAUCCGAUAUAAUCAAUCGAUUAUUCAGAGGGUAAUUAAAUGGAUACUGCAGAAACCAUGACUUCAGUUAUUUAAGGUGGUCGUGGUGCCUGGAGACUGUGCAGCGUUUCUCUUUGAAAUGCUGCACACUCCAAGUUAAACCAUUUUGUUGCCAGACUCCAUCUCUGACACAUCAUUAGGGUGUCAGCAGCCAUCCUGGAAUUAUUCAUUCAUUGCCUGCGAGCGGUCAGCUCGUGCUGAAAGAAUGAGUGGCAGGAUUGGCAUCCGGCUUCAGGAGAUGCCUAGCAGGGCCAGCUAAGCAAGCAAACCAUCGUAGAACAGUUUGCCCUAUUACUGAGGAACGGCAACCGUGUUUUCCUACAGUGGGCUAUAAUGGUUGAAGUAACCCUGUAAAGAAGAGAUGUCCUCCAGUAAGAAUGUAUUUUUCAUCCCCCUUCUCCCUAUCAAUAUAGAAUUGGUUAUUAGGAGCAGCGAUAUAUGCUGGACCUAUGUAUUAUUAAUCAUUUAGGAUCUACACAUUGAAUAUAACCUUAGCUUUAAAAAGGGGAGGGGGAGUUGAAAGGGACAGUCCACUGCCCAAAUUAAAAAAAAUAAAUGUGUAUGUAAUAUACACUCAAUGCAAAUGUUAAUUUAUAAAAGUGUCAGUUUCUAAUGAAAUACUCACUUUUUGGAAAAUGAGUAAAAGAGGACACAAUCUUCACACACUAUGCACUUCGGCAAUCUGAAGUGCCUCAGGCAUGUGAAGUGGUCCUUUAAUGCAAGGAAUAGGUGUUUUUUUUAAAUGUUCAGUAGUGUAAGUUGAUUAUGUGUUUUGUUUGAUGGUACGGCCUAUUUCUCACUGCUCACUUAUUUGUUAAAUAAUUCUGUGGACUGUAAAAAUCUAGAGCCAGCUUGUUGCACGUCCUUAAUGUCAUGUAACACACAUCCAAACUCUAUCCUUCUUACUAUUUUCAUGUAUUUUAUCAUUUCUUUCUUAACAGGCCAAGUUCCUUCCAAAUAGUGGAGAUUCAACUCUGGCAAUGUGCGCUCGGGAUGGUCAGGUACGAGUUGCAGAACUGUCUGCCACGCAGUGCUGCAAAAACACCAAGCGAGUAGCACAGCACAAAGGCGCUUCUCACAAGGUGAGUACCCACUGAUUAAUUGCUUGAUAAUGACUAGAUGUUGAUUAUUUAAGGCAUACUCUAAGCACCAAAACAACUUAAUGAUGCAAUUUUAGUCUAUAGAUCAUGGCCCUGCUGUCUCCAAUGAUCAAUCCAUUGCUAUUAGUUCACAUUGUUUCUGUUUAUGCAGCCAUUUCACACCUCCCCUGGGUAUGACUGACAGAGCAUGCAUGAAAAAAAUGGUUUCAUUUUUAAUCCGACCUGACAACACAGUGUGUAUACUUUAGAAAUUUGUAUCUCCUGUUCUGUGAAUUGAACCUUAAUCACACAUGGGAGACUCUAGCAGGCUAUUAACAGCAGGAGAUAAAUAAUUAGAAAUGAAAUACAUUGUACAACAAGGUAAGUUUAAACCUUCAAUAUCUGUUUAUAGGAAGUGUGUAGGGCAGGCUUCCCCAAACUCUGGCCCUCCAGAUGUUGCCGAACUACAACUCCCAUGAUUCUAUGAAUGAAAUAGGCUGAGAAUCAUGGGAGUUAUAGUUCAGCAAUAUCUUGAGGGCUGGAGUUUGGUAAAGUCUGGUGUAGGGAGUCUGUGUAGAGGUGUGACCCUGGCUGCAUAAACUAAGUGAUCCUAUACUAAACCACUUCAUUUAGCUGCAGUUGUUUUGGUGCCUAUAGUGUCCCUUUAAAUUUGCUAUUAAGGCUAAUGCUUACAAUACAAAUGCCAAGUACUGAAAAGGAAAAUACUGUCCACAGCCUCUGAGGGAACAUAUACAACAUCCUGACAUCUCUAAAACAACUAAAAAGUAUUUUAAAAACAAAAGUAAAAGCAAGAUGAUGUUACUGAAUGUAUACUAGAAGGUGCAUGUCCAUUCUAAGUAAUGCAAAUGCUGAAUUUCCAUAGACAAGCUAGGGAGCCCAUGAAGCUCUUGCAAAGUUUCACUUAUGCUAGUGCAGGAGAGUAGGCAACCUUCGGCAUUCCAAUAAUGCUUUUACAGCCAAAUGCUGACACAGCAUCAUGGGAAAUGUAGUCCACAACAUCUGAAUGAAUUGUCUCUUUGCUAACACUGAAUCUCGAGACCCUGACACCAAAAGGAAACAAGAAGGGCUUCGUUUAAGUUAAUUGUUAAAAACUAUUCUAUAGGUAAACCAAUUUUUCAUAGGUUUUAAUGUAGCUGCUGUGAAGAAGCAUUUAAAGGACUACUCAACGAAGUGACCUAGAAAGUGCUAUGUUUACAUUGCAGGGUUACGUCCACCUGUAGUGGCUGUCAAAGUGACAGUCACUGGAGGCGCUUUCACCGCACUGACUGAGUAAAACUCUGUCAUGUGACACAGAAAGCAUUGUAUUAGUGGAUGCUCACCUCGCAUGUGCGUCAGGUUCCCUGUACUACUCAAAGAUGUCGCCAACAGCAGAGGGGUGAGCAGCGCCAAAGGAAGCCUUAGCACUGGGAAAGGGUAAGUAAAACUUUUUUAAUUUUUAUUUUGCUCCAAACAGGAAGGACCUAUAGCUAGCUAGGGACAGGGAAACAAAAGUGUUGUGAAUACAGGAUUGUAUUCCUAAUGCUUUAGUGCUUUAACUAACAAAUCUGACCUGUACUCUGAUGUCCUACAGUUGAAGGAGGGCUGUUGCUUUCCAGGAAUUUUUAUAUAUUUUUUUUUACUUAUUCCAUAUAUUUAACAAAUGAGUUUGUAAAAUAGAAAAUGUAAUGCCUCCUAUAGUCUGCAAUUAUGCUCUGCCUUGGCUCCCUUUCAGUCAUUGAUAUAAACUUUGACUUUUGGGUCUAAUGAUCUGCAUAGAGAGAGAAUACGGAGUAGAGGAGAAAUGAAACAAUGUUUGUGCUGCCCUAGCCAUGUCUCCCCUGGCUGUGACUCGCACGGCCCUCAUGAAAAAAAAAAAUUCUGUUCACCAAAACCGCUUCAUUAAGCAUUGUGUGUGUAAAUAUAUAUAAUUUUAUCUUGACAAACAAAAAAAAGUUUAUUUUCACCUUUCUUUCUCUGUUAUGUUCUGAAAGCUAACUGGCUUAGCUGGCAAACCAGUGGGUCCCAUAUAGUGUUUUUAGCAUGGCUGGUACUUAUAUUCCAGUGUAUGUUCAGCCUUGUAAACAAGCAGUUUGUGUUCUAACAGAGUUUCCUCCAUUCCUCUCUGAAUUCAGCUCGCCCUGGAACCCGACUCCCCAUGCACUUUCUUAUCUGCAGGAGAAGACGCUGUGGUCUUCACUAUUGACCUUCGACAAGACCGGCCUGCCUCGUGAGUAUCCGGAUUAUUUCAUUUUUUCCUUUUUCAGCUUUGUAAACUCCCAUUUGGCUCUCUUUGAGUUGGAUUCACGCAGGGUUUCCAUAUCGAUAAUAUUUUUCUCUUCUUGCAGACGGCUAGUGGUAACCAAGGAGAAGGAGAAGAAGGUGGGCCUGUAUACAAUCUACGUGAAUCCAGCCAACACGUACCAGUUUGCCGUGGGUGGAAGAGAUCAGUUUGUCAGGUAAACAUGUUUUCUGCUGAGCCAUUAUAACCCUUCAUUUCACACCUAUCAGAUUAAUAACCUUCCUGAGUAGGAGGCAUACAGGCUGCAACACAGCAAGCACAUCUAAUUAAUGAAAUAUAUAUGUUUAAUCCAAGGAGGUCUUGCUUUGUGAGAUUACAAUAAUUUGUUCACUAAUUUGAAGAGUAGUCCCUCAUUUACCCACUAUCACUUGGGGUAAAACCUGUGAGUCAUCAUUUAACAAAAUCUGUGUUUUCCUUAUUUAAUGACAGUCACAGCCCAGGACUCGCUGACCGUAAUGGGAGUUGCCGUUAUAUACAGAUUGCAUUUAACUAUUUAAAGGAUUAAUCGUUUUUAAAAUAGAAAAAUGUUGAAUAUAUUUUGUUGUUGUUUUUUUGCAACUCAUUUGAAAUUUCUAAGAUGGAUAAUUAACUGCAGGAUUCAUUAAAAGCAAAGUAGUUGAUGUAAGAAGCUGCACCUAGUGAUAACUAUUCUAUAAUUUCAAUAUGUUAAGAAGACAGUGGCAUGAUAGCGCAUGUAAUUAUGGGGGGUAUGUCGGGGUACUUAUACGUAUGAGUAGUUAAUAUUGACGUGACUAGGCUUUUGGUCAUAGAGUUAAUGUGGAUUUGGGGAUUAAAGACAACCUGCCUUCAUGAAACUGCAGACUGUAACUCCUAUCACUCUUAGACAUCACCUGGUUAAGAAACACAUGAGUUGUUUUGCCCUUGAUGGCAGGUUACCCUCAACAAUAAGCCCUCCCCAAGUCCAACCCCAAUGCUACAGACCGUAUAACCAUCAGUAACCUUACCCAGGUGGAGAAUUCCUCAUCAGUGUAGUGCAACAUUUCUAAGUUCUGUAGCGAUAUCCGCAUUCAGUACUCUAUGAUUGCUGCUGGAGUCCCCGUGAGACGUUGCAGCUGGCAUUUGAUUGCUUUCUGUUUUUAGCCAAGGCAGAUGCAACCUCUGUAUGGAACAAAACAAGAUACACUCUCGACACAUAGCUCACAGGAACUGUCUACACACAGUAGUGCUCUUUGUACAUACAUUGUCACAACGCUCACACUUUGCAUGCGUCUGGUCCCUCCCUGUCAAACCAGCAGCAAGUACAUAGACAAGCCUGUCACAAAUGAAUAAACACAUUGGAAAACAUUGCUGUUUAGUAGGAAUGGCAAUAUUUUAUUUGCUUGGUUAAACACACCUCUAGUGACUGUCUUCCUAAUGGCACAAGAAACACUUCCCCUUCUGGCUGACUUGAUCCUCAGUCAAAUGCUGCUCAUAGAGAGCAUUUGAUUUCUGCAACAUGUUUUUUUUUUAUUUUUUUUUAUUUGGUCACGUACAGUUGCAAGAAAAUGUAUGUGAACCUUUGGAAUGAUAUGAUUUCUGCACAAAUUGGUCAUAAAAUAUGAUCUGAUCAUCAUCUAAGUUACAACAAUAGACACUCAGUCUGCUUAAACUAAUAACACACACAGAAUUAAAUAUUGCCAUGUUUUUAUUGAACACACCAUGUAAACAUUCACAGUGCAGGUGGAAAAAGUAUGUGGACCCCUAGACUAAUGACCUCUCCAAGAGCUAAUUGGAGUGAGAUGUCAGCCAACUGGAGUCCAAUCAAUGAGAUGAGAUUGGAGGUGUUGGUUACAGCUGCCCUGCCCUAUAAAAAAACACACGCCAGGUCUGGGUUUGCUUUUCACAAGAAGCAUUGCCUGAUGUGAUUGAUGCCUUGCACAAAAGAGCUCUCAGAAGACCUACGUUUAAGAAUUGAUGACUUGCAGAAAGCUGGAAAGGGUUAUAAAAGUAUCUCCAAAAGCCUUGCUGUUCAUCAGUCCACGGUAAGACAAAUUGUCUAUAAAUGGAGAAAGUUCAGCACUGCUGCUACUCUCCCUAGGAGUGGCCGUCCUGUAAAGAUGACUGCAAGAGCACAGCGCAGACUGCUCAAUGAGGUGAAGAAGAAUCCUAGAGUGUCAGCUAAAGACUUACAAAAGUCACUGGGAAAUGCUAACAUCCCUGUUAGCGAAUCUACAAUACGUAAAACACUAAACAAGAAUGGAUUUCAUGGGAGGAUACCACAGAGGAAGCCACUGGUGUCCAAACAAAACAUUGCUGCACGUUUACAGUUUGCACAAGAGCACCUGGAUGUUCCACAGCAGUCCUGGCAAAAUAUUCUGUGGACAGAUGAAACCAAAGUUGAGUUGUUUGGAAGAAACACACACUGUGUGGUGAAAAAAAGGCACAGCACACCAACAUCAAAACCUCAUCACAACUGUGAAGUAUGGUGGUGGGGGCAUCAUGGUUUGGGGCUGCUUUGCUGCAUCAGGGCCUGGAAGGAUUGCUAUCAUCGAAGGAAAAAUUAAUUCCCAAGUUUACCAAGACAUUUUGCAGGAGAACUUAAGGCCAUCUGUCUACCAGCUGAAGCUCAACAGAAGAUGGGUGUUGCAACAGGACAAUGACCCAAAGCAUAGAAGUAAAUCAACAACAGAAUGGCUUAAACAGAAGAAAAUACGCCUGACCUCAACCCGAUUGAGAUGCUGUGGCAUGACCUCAAGAAAACGAUUCACACCAGACAUUCCAAGAAUAUUGCUGAACUGAAACAGUUCUGUAAAGAGGAAUGGUCAAGAAUUACUCCUGACCGUUGGGCACGUCUGAUCUGCAACUACAAAUCCAAGGGUUCACAUACUUUUUCCACCUGCACUGUGAAUGUUUACAUGGAGUGUUCAAUAAAAACAUGGCACCAUUUCAUUGUUUGUGUGUUAUUAGUUUAUGCAGACUGUCUAUUGUUGUGACUUAGAUGAUGAUCAGAUCACAUUUUAUGACCAAUUUGUGCAGAAAUCCAUAUCAUUCCAAAGGGUUCACAUACUUUUUCUUGCAACUGUAUGUUCUCUAGCCUUCCAAUGCGUUCUUAUGGGGAAGUAUUGGAUCAUCUGAGAUCAUCAAUCUUGACAAUCUCAGCCAGGAAGGCUUGAAAGGAAGAAACUUAAAAGAACACAAUAGCGGGUUCAUGUGCACGUCUAUGAAAUCUGACUACUCGUUAACAUAAUGUUUGUAUUAACAUUUUGUAAGAUAAGAAAUUGUCUAUAAAAAUCUUUUCUAGAUUAGCAAAAUAUUUGAUCAUGUUUUUGUAUUUUCUGUAAACUAGGCUAUUCCUUAAUGAUUUGAAACAGAAAAAAUGGAAAUCAACAUAAUUUAAAUGUAUGAACGGCAAAAUAAUAGUGGGGGAAAAAUAAUUUUUUUUUUAAAGGUCUUAAAGGGACAUGCAUCACUUGAUUACUAAUUUUUAUAACCUAUAGCAAACAUUUUAAACAAAUUACACAAUAUAUAAACUUAGUCAGAUUGCAUUGUUGGGCACUCCGAUUUUAGGCCAGUCCACUAAUGAUAGAAACAUGGCGUCAUUGUGCAGUAGCAGGAGAAAGAAACCCGACAACGGAUUAAACUCCAUCUCUUCUCCUUGUGUUAGGGUUUUUCAAGAUUAAAAGAUAUUUAAACUGUGUAAAUCUGUCAGGAAUGCCCAACGCACUUUUCCAGCAUUCCUAUGGACACUGAUUAGGUCAGUGUCCACUCUGGAGUGGGUGUUGAAACAUAAUAAAGAAGUGGUAUAUAUGAAAAAAAUUAUUAAUCUGCUUUUUCAGUCUGCAGUGAAGCAACUAAGGCACUCAAAGCAAAAGCUUUUGAAUGAGGCAGUUAUCUCAAAGUAUUAUUUUCUUUAUAUAUAAACACACAAGGUUUUUAAAGAGAAGUGUAAUUUCCCUAGAAUUUACACAUUUGAACAAAACAUUGACAAUCCCUUAUAGUCACCAAAACAACUUAAGCUUAAUGAAGUAGUUUUGAUGUGUAUAUAUCAUGCCCCUGCAAUCUCACUGUUCAAUUCACUGGAGUUUAGGAGUUAAAAUCACUUUUGUUUCUGUUUUAUUAAGCCCUAGCCACACGUUCCCUGACUGUGACUUGCACAGAAUGUAUAAAAAAAGUUUCAUUUUUAAUCCGAUGUUAAUUUACUUUAGAAGUGUUUAUUUCCCACUGGUAAAUUGAACUUUAAUCAUUCACAGGAGGCUCUUGCAAGGUCUAGCAAGCUACUAACAAUGCAGGAGAUAGGAAAUUCUGAAUUAAACAUACGUUUAAAGAUUAGAGCUCUCUUUACAGGAAGUGUUUAGGAAGGCUGUGCACAUUACUUGCAGGGAGGUGCAACUCGGACUGCAUAAACAAAGUGAUUUAACUCCUAAAUGGCAGAUUAUUGAGCAGUGAAACUGCAGGGGCAUGAUCUAUACACCAAAACUGCUUCAUUAAGAUAACGUUUUCGUGACUUUAGUGUCCCUUUAAAUUAGUUUUUAGACCUUACAAACACACGUUUGCAAAAUAUAAGGGAUGCAUCAACAUAUUAAAGUCAUGGGAAGUGUCCGUUCCUAGAGAUAAAGAGUACUGGUAGAUACUGCUAAAUGUAUUUUACGAAUUGUAGAGUUUUUGUUUAUUUUUCCUUAUUUCUCCUUCCACCAAGGAUCUACGAUCAGCGGAAAAUAAAUGAAAAUGAAAAUAAUGGCGUGUUGAAAAAAUUUUGUCCGCAUCACCUUGUGAGUUUUUGUUAUGAUUUACUUUAUUUUUAAAAUACUAAUUGGAAACAUAAAUACUUACUAAUAAUUUAAUCCAUUUCCUAAAUUUUAAAAGGGAGAGGACUACAUACUCCUCCAUAUACCAUACUACUAAUAUAAUGGGCACCUACGUUUUGUCCACUGUGCUUUUGCUGACAUAGUGCCCAAAGUGCCACUCCAGCUUGUUCUACACACAAUGUAUUGAACAUAUAUAAACGUGACUGCUGACCCAUGUCAAAGUUACUCUGUUAAUCUUAAUGAGUGCAUCGUCGACCGUUUUAUUUCUUAGUUCACAACUUGACAACGAAAUCAAAGAAAUUUUACAACCUGCCAGCUGCUGGGGUAGAAUAGUCAGGCAGAUAACCGUGACUUAUUCCAUAACUCCGAAGCGGCCUGCGAACCGCCAUUGGCCUCUCCGCACACCGCGACUCCCCAAGCCCAAUUGGUCUACUUUACUUAACCAUACUGCGACACUGGUGCUGCUCUGACAAAACAGACACCACACAGAGAUCAAUAACUAAAAGCAAUGAAAUACACACUGAGCAUGUAUUUCUUUGAUUUCUUUUCAGCUAACUGGUAAGCCAAUAAUGCUAUAAUGCUCCUACGUAACCAGCUUCUCUAGCCCUGUGUGCAGGGUCACCAAGUGUCUAUGCAGAUGUCUUCUCUUAAAGGGAAGUUAUAACGCUAGGAAUGCAAAGUUGAAUUCCUAGUACUAUAGUGUGCUCCUCACUUGCGUGCCCCCCGCACCGCAGAACCCAUUUGUCACUUACCUGAAUCCAGCACCUGAUGUCGGGGACCUUUUGCACAUGUGCGGCCAGUGCCUCGCUCGUAUUAGGACCACCCCAUAGGACAGCAUUGAAUCAAUACUCUCCUGUGGUGUUUUAGCUGAUACUAGAUGUCCUCAUGCACAGCUUAAGGACGUCCUGUGGCAGGUGACAAAAAUUCACCUAACCACCUGGAAGCGCCUCUCGUAACUGACUGAUAGACUACCACAAGAGAUGGAGUUAACCCUGCAGUGUUAUUAUUGCAGUUUAUCAAUAACUGCAAUACUUUAAAAAUGCAUUGUUUAACUGACAAUAAGCUAAAGUAGUCUGGGUGCCUAUAGUGUCCCUUUAACUAAACUGCUAGUUUUCUGCUUAUGUGCGGACUCUGCAAUAGAUUUAUAAAAAUGUCAGGGUUUUUGUCCUGUGUCAGUCCUGUGGAGGUGGAGGAAUCACAUUGUUGAAAAAGCUUAAUCAAUACAAGAGUACAGUGUGUGUUCUCCUGACUAGUGACUUGCUGUUCACUUGUGUAAAUGUUUGUAUAGACAGUCACUUAUGACCUGACAAAGAAAUCCAUGUUUGUUUUCAAAACGCAUUAACUGCAGUUUUAAAAAGCUAUAUUACAGUCAAGAUCUGGUGCAGCUCAGACCGCAUUUAAUGUGAAGUUAUGUUAAUGUCCUGCACUCUUGGCAUACUGGGACUUUGUGCCUGAGACUAAUACUGCCCAGUGACUAGUUUGUUCAAACCCCAGAAAAUAUUUACAAAAAAUGCAUUGCAUGACUUACAACUAGGUGUAAAUAAAGCCUCUUACAAUGGCCAUUCUUAGCAGUAGCUUCCCAAAGGGUCUGUGUACUGUUCCCUGUCUGACAUCAUCUGUGUACCUGUGUCAGGGCCAGAGAGAUGGGGAUAUCAGAAUAAGGGCGUAGCAGCCAGAGUUGAUGACACUUGGCUAGGAAGGAUAUAUCAGAAGAAGAGACUGAGCGGUAGCUGAAAGUAUAAAUACCACAUGGGAUCAGUGGAAGCCUUUGUGCUCCUCACUAGUGGUCUGGAGGAGAAGGAAUAGGCAGCCUAGAGAUUUACAACUAAAAAGUAGAGAUGUGAGAGCUUUAAUGCAUGAACGUGGGGAUUGAAUAUGGUGUGGCUUAAAAGCUUGCAGCUACAGACGAACCAGAGGUAUGGAGGUGAGGUGGGAAAGCUGAAUAUUAAAAUUAAAGGGUCUAGAGUUGAAAUGGUAGUACCUAGGCUUUAAACAAGGUGUCUAUAUAUCUGUGUGAGAGGCUGUGACUGUAAGCCAUGGGAGAAUCUAAUUCUAAGCACAUGCUGUAUAUAUCUGAGUUUGUAUGAGAGGCCUGUAUGUUCUAUAUUUAUUAUUAUUUAUAUAUGGGAAAGUCUAACCUACUGUUGAUGUGCUAGUAUUUAUGUAUAGGGAGUGGGAGGUUUAUGAGCGUAAUAUUCCAGUAUGUGUGAGUAUGUCUGGUUUAACGGGGUAACUGGUGUAAUUUAUAUUGAGGUACUACUGUAGAUGGGUAUGGUGGUAGGGGCUCUUAUUUAAUCCAAGCCUACUAUAGCUAGUAUAAAUGGCACUACCCCUGUGCCAACAAACAUGUAAAGCGCUUGCUACAUCUCGCUUUUAGUGGUUGUAGGAAUGUGCAGCCUUUCUGCUCUGCAUACAGAAUUAUUUGUACUUUGUUGUGCAAAUUGAUAGGCAGCCUGGAUAUCUUUCAAUUCUGUGCAGAAAUACAGACGUGAGAUUCUACCUUGUGUGUCUGCAAGGGAAGCCUGCAUUUCCCCUCCCUCUUUAAAAUUCUCUCCUACCCGGCUCUAAUCCAGGGAGAUGGGACCAGUCAGAUUCUUCUCUCAUAAGAAGCAUUUGAUUGGACCACAGAGAGGGAAACGUCACGCUGGAUAGAAUGUGGAAGUCAGCGAAGGUGUCUUUGCUUGAUGCUGAAUUCCAAAUAACUUGUUUGUUGUGUUUUUUUUUAUAUUUAGUUCUUAUACACAGGUUUGGGAGUUGGGGUUAGAAAUAGGGGUUGAAUAGGGCAUUAUAAAUUAAAGGGACAUGCAUCACUUGACAACUAUUUUUUUUUUAAACCAGCAAGGAAACACGUUUAAACAUAUCUGUACAAACCAAAAUAAAACAAGAAAAACCUUGAAAGGUAAGUAAUAAAACAACCUAUGUUUGCUUGUAUCCAGUAAUAAACUUCCUAUUUAUAUGGUCUGUUAGCAUUAUUGGGAGUCGCUUUAUCUCCACCACCAAUCUAAGUUUGAGACCAGUCCGCUAACGACAGAAACUGCAUCCUUGUGAAGAAAAACCCAACAACACCACUACAUGACCCCACUGAUCAGACUCCCUCUUUUCUACCCCUGUAAGGAUGUUGCAAGAUGAAGAGAUUUUUUUAACUGCGCAUGUGUAAUUCUGUCAGUAAUGCCAGAUGCAUUUUUCCUCAGCAUUCCUAGGAAUAGGACACUGAUUAGAUCAGUGUCCCUACUGGAGUGUGUGUGAAAAGCAUAAGCAAGAAGAAGCCCGGAAAAAUAUAAAGCUUUUGAAUGAGAUUGUUGUCUCAAUGUGAUGCAUGUCCCUUUAAAACAUUUCGUAAGAAAGGGUUAUAGUAAUCCUUUACGUGAGCCAGUCUCUCUCUCCCAUCACCCCCCCCUCCUCCAAAAAUGAAUGUCACGUCAGGAAAAAGAUAUUUCAAUAAAAAAAAGAGAGAAAUAAAAUGAGAAUUGAUGUACCUAUGGAACAGAGGUUGUGUUGUACUGAUGGGAAGUUACUGUAAAGUGAUGAGUAAAAUGAGCCGCAUGAUCUUUGGCUCUCGUACAAUUUAUGUUUAAAGCAGAUCUGUCUCUGCUCAGAUAUCCUCCUGCGAUGAACCCCCGCUAGGAUAACGUCAACAGCUUCCAUUAUACAGUAAAUUGUAAUUAUACACAUCUGCUUGGAAUCUGACAACAUCCACGUACAUUUAUCUUCUAGGUUGUGUACACAGGAAUAUUAAAAAUAUGAAAUAGAAAUUUGCUAUCUUUUAAUCCCUCAUUCCUGUGCAAUACGUACUCAUCAGAUUGUGUUUGUGGUUGCAGGUCACAAGCGAGGCCAAGGCAAACAUUACCUGUCUGGUGUACAGUCACGAUGGCACAGGUAUGUACGUCCGUCUCGGCUUUGAAUUGCUCAUUAACUGUAAAUGUUCUCCUUGGCCCAGGUGGUUCCAUAACUCAGUGACCCUGCUAUUGAGCCUAUUUUUGUUGAAGGGUUUCUCUCAAUUCAUGUAGAAGGGCUGCCUAUGGUUCUUCUCUAUGAACGCCUGAGAUUAAUAGGUGCCUCUUGAUGGUCUCAUUUACUCUUUGCGUAAUAUCAAUUUAUGGUUAUAAUGUAUCUCAAAGGUCAGUGGAUGAAAGGUUUGCAGUGCUGUUAUAACCCACUGUCUUCCCUCCUCUGUAUGUGAAUGUUGGGAAGCACUUUGUCAGUGUUUCUCUUCUUUAACAGCUCAGCUAUCUGUCAGAUCCUCCUUUCAGCAUACCGUAUAAUGUAAUAAUGAACUUUCUUUGCAAUAAGGAUUUUUUUUUUUCUUUUGGAAAGCUGGAACACUGGUUAAUCACACUGGAUGCUAAUUACUAUGCAAAUAAUUCUAAGGACGCUAUAAAUGUAAUUAUUCUCUUUGCCUUUUCAAUUGUUAACUUUAUCUUAGCUGGGGGUGCAGGGCAUUCUCUUAAAGAAACAUGCCCUAAAAGAUGGCAACAUUGUCCAUUUUAUGGUGGAUAAGUAAUUAUAAAGGUACCUUCAUGAUACUUACAACUUAUGUUUUUUUUUUUUGUUUGUUUGUUUUUUUUAAAGAGCAGACCAUUUCAUGUAUAAAUCAUGCUAGCAAAGUUAUAGAUUGAGAGAGCGAAAAAACUGUUCCAGAAGCUUUUUAAAAAAUGUUUUAAAUCCCACAUCAGCUAGUUCUUCAUCAUGGGCUCUGAGAAGAAGAGACCAUAGGUUGCGCUCCACACAUGGCAACUGCCGUGCAUGCGCUGUACUUGCUAUGCUAACUCCCUAAUUGUUGCUGCUAGGGAGUACAGAAAUGGUCAGACGCCAGCAUUCUGGUAACAAAGCCAGCAUGUUGGCAUCACAGAGGAGAGUUGCUCUGCUUGAGAAGCUUACUCAAAUAGGGCGAAUUAAGGAAGACCACUGGAGGAGCGAGAGCAGAUGUGAAUUAACACCAAUAAAGCGCAGGACAUGGCGACGCUGGAUCGGAGGUGAGGUGAGUACAUCUCAAAACGUUACAUUGAAUACAUCAUGGAUCUCUGUGAUUAUAUAUUCAGUUACCACAUGUUUUAUUGCUCUGUGACGCGCGCAUACAUAUUGCACAUGAGUUUUAUUUCUGUGGCUUUAGAUAUCCCAUGUGACGGAGAUCCCAUACUUUACCUCCACCAGGUCAGUUUCCUAGCUGCUACCAGGGUCUCUGGAGCACUUCAGACCCAGUCUCCAAAGCUUGACAGGGGUCUAUGAGGUCCUCUUCCAUCAGUCUAUGCUGCAGUGAUUUAUUGUAAAGCAGAGACUAUAGCUUUCUCCCACACAUUAGACGAGUGAGAUUUUAUUACACGGCACACAGCUCCAUACAAUACAAUAUACAGUACUGUUGUACCUCCCCAGCACCACUUUGUCUGGAGACCUAAUUACAUUAUUCCCAGUUAAUACAAUCGGUCCCUGCUGUGCCCGCAUAGUCUUUGAGGCACAGAACCCCUUUCCCUUUGUUGUACCCCACACAAUAUAUACCCUGGAAGGCUUGUCACUGAGCACCCUCACUGAUGGGAGAAUUUAAACUACAGCGUGUUAAAGUUUUAUUGGGUUGCAGCUACUCUCCGAUCCGGUAACUAGUUCCAGGCAUGCAGUGUCUUGGUUCCGAUCUCCAAAAAGGGGUGUCUGAACCUCUGGGGAAGGGAGCACACUCAAGUCCCAGUUAUCCUCCGAUGCCUUCUUGCCUGCCUGCUCCCCUCCAAAUAGCAUGCUUUGUUUGGUGGUCAGAGGACCGAGCGAUACCUGCUUAAAGAUUGACCGAACCUCUGCACAGUCCCGAUUGAGGAACAGUUCUGGAGUAAUUCAGGGUAUCUUCCAGUCAGGCACUCAAGGUGUAAUGUGAAUCUAGGCGAACCCCAGAGGUCCAUCUGGGAAGCACAGUAAGCGUUCUGAGCUCCCAUACCCCUUCCUACUGUGACAAUAGUCCCUUUUACGUGCUCAUUGAACUAGGCCCAUAAUCCGUGGGCAGAAUGCUGGCCUUUAACCCUUUCCAAAGUGCCGUGGCAUGGGAGCUUCUGUCACAUCCUGGUUUUAUAGUUCAACCCUAUAACAGGAACAUAUUGUAUUUAGUAAAAACCAAAGAAAAACACGUUACCUGCACUCUCUCCUUAAUCCCUAUGUAUUUUUAAACAAAUGGAGUUUUUUUUUUAGUUACCUCCAAUGGCCAUGAGAGGAUAUUGUAUUUACAUUGCAGGAAAUGUAAUGUCUACGCUCUAAGGUGUGAUCUAAUAAUUUUUUUUUCUCCAAUUUUAUAUUUUAUAUCCCAGUUUCUUCCCAGUUGUAAAGCAAGGUGAUCUUUGGUUAACCUUUUACUUGCAUAAAAGGUAACUUGCCCCCUGUAAUCUGCUAAAAUAUAAAUAAAUCCAGCGAUAUCAUUGGAACCGAGAAGUCUUGGCAGCCCCGCUCCAUUAUGUCCAUCAUUGGAUUAGGCAUUGUGCAUAUUUACCGGGGUCCACACAAAUACGGGAUUGACUGUUGCAGAUGUCAUCAUAGUUAGACCCUUGACUUUCUUGCAUUAAUAGACUGAACCCACAUUGUGCGCUCAAUACAUAAACCUUUUAACUAGGAUCAGUAAAGAUUCUUUCUUUUCUUUCCCAGAGCUCCUCGCCAGCUAUAACGAUGAAGACAUAUACCUAUUUAACUCUUCUCACAGCGAUGGUGCAGAGUACAUCAAACGAUACAAAGGACACCGAAAUAACGCCACAGGUAGGGUGUCAUACAAUUGUUAUUUUCAUAUACAACAUGAAAGGUUGCGAGAAAGCAGUCUGUUCGUACACACUUGGUUUAACUAAUCAACCCCUCCCUCCGCUGUAUUCGUAAGCUAGCUUCAUUUGGAUAAAAUUGUAUGUGUGAUAUCUUUCCUUUUUGCUCUACUUCCCUUAGUUUAUGUUCAUUUACACAUGUUGUAUUUACACCUUUAACUUCUAGUGAUGCUUCCUCUUUAAAACGUGUCCCUUUGCAGCCGUCCUGGAGCAGCACUUUGACAGUCAUUGAAUUAAUAUUUGGGGACAUUUAUCUUUCUGUCUUCAUUUCUUUCUGAGCUGAAAUAGAAAAUCUAUUUAUAGUCCACUUCAUUAAGUCUAGACGGAGAAAGACAUUCUAUAUCACCAUCUGCCACAUAACUAGGAUCCCUUAAAGGUCCUUUAACCCUACGCCACAUGGUAUUGCAAGGCCCAGCCAAUGCAUUAAAGUAAAACCAAGAUGUACAUAAACAAUAUAUAUAACAUCUUUAUGAAAAUUCACAUUGACUGUGCUCAACACUGAAAUUCCACAAAAGUCAAAAAAUAUCAUAAGACAAAGUAAGGGGCUAUUUUUUGUCUGCUUGAUAAAGGCAGAACGGCAGCCAUCAAGUUUUGUCAGAUCCCCCAGCUGUCUCUAGGGAUGGUUGAGGGAAGAAGGCACUGUUCUGCUGAUUGUGAGACAAUGUCUAUGUAGGCUCCUGAGGACUCAUUGGAUUCUCCGUAGACCUCAGUGGUAUAAUCUGAUGCAUGCAUCACUGAUGUGGGCUCCUGGCAUAUCACCUGCGCUGCACCCCUGGGCACUUGCACACCAAGCGGAGAUGUCACCAUUGGGGUGUUUGAAAAAUGUACAAAGAUCUCAGAUGCUGACAGCGCUGUGUUUAAAAAGUUCCUAAAAAAUAAGGAAGAAAUGGAGAAAGUGGUGAUUUAAGAAAGCUUUUUCUAUGCCAACAAAAUUGUAAUGCUAUAGAAAAAAGCCCACUUUAACUACAACUUCAAGAUGUUGAGUUUACGAGGGCUCCCUAUAGUUUUUUGUCAAAGCACGAUUUACUGGUUCCAUCCAUAACCCUCCCACUCUGCAAUUGCACUGUAAUGACAAAAUUACUUUUCUGCAUUAUAAAUCUGUGUUUGGUUUAAAUCUAUCAGAAGAGGGACUGAUCUGAAGGAGACAGGAGGGGACCAAUAAAUGUCAAACCGUUCAGGGAUUUGUCAGCUACCGGAGGACAGUGCCCUGGGGGUCUCCUUUAGUUCUGUUGCAUAGACUGACCCUUCUAGCAGUAUAGUUGGCAGCGGCUGUUUAACACUCUGCAGAGAUUAGAAAUCUGCAGGCUUGUGUUCCCUUCCUUGGACAUACUUUGCAUAGACUGUGCCAGCUCAGGUUUGACAGAGUUAUAUAUCUUUGGCCAGCAUGAGCUGGCACAGCCUUGCAAGUCAGACAUUUUUUUUUUUUCCUCUAUGCAGAGAGAAAUAUACUGCAGGUAGCGGAUUCUUUUUUUUUUUUUUUAAUUCUUUAUUUUCAAUGACAGAAAAUUCAGCCUUGAGAACAGUACUUGGGCUUACGCAGAAGCCAAAAUUCGCGUUUUACAAUAGUUACAUAGUAAUACAGAAAGAAGAGAAUGGAUUGUUAGAUGGUAUUGUAACUGUUCAGAAUACUUCCUUGCGGUCCCUUUCUGUCAGGGCUUUUACAUUUAUAUAAAAAACUAAACAGCUUUAAGUGUUAACUUUAAACAAUAUAAAGAUAGGAUGUGUAGCCAACACCUUCAUGUGUGUCGUAUAUUUUUUUUUUUGUGUAGAUUUUUUAUUUCAUAAAAAAAAAAGGAAGUGCACAUGUGUGUCGAUGGCUGGGCUUGUGCCGGAGCCUCGAGAAAGGUGCAUAUAUGGGUUAUAGCUGGCUGGCUUGCGCCAAAGCCGCCGAGGGAGUGCAUACAUGUGUGUCAAUGCUUUAGGCUUGCACAGAAGUCGGGACAGCAGUGCACAUGCAUGCCUGUACAGUGGCCUGUGCAGAAGCCUCGUUGCAUUGUCAAUUGGAGGUAGCGGAUUCUUAACUGAAUUAAAGCUCAAACUUCAGUUCCGCCACUGGAAGAAGUUCCAUUCAUCAGAUAAGGUGUUUAGAACUGCUGAAACAAAUGCGGUCUCAUUUCUUAAUACUCGUAUGGACAGAAAUGGAGAUCUAAUUUCCUUCUGUGACAUCUAGAAACAAAGCAGUGGGAUUGUUUCAAAUCCCUGCCGUUCUAAGCUAAGCUCAGCAUGCAGACAGAAUCAGGAGACUUCCUUGCACCACUUUCUAAGCAGCGGCUGGUUUAAAUGCAUUGAGUGUCUCUUUUGACAGUCUUCCUCACCCAACAUGAAGAUCCCGGUUAGUUAGAACAGCCUGUGGAACUUUAUAUGCAACACAGGUUCAAUGCUUCUCUGUUGUGGAAUGGGAUGCUCUUCACCAGUACAUUCCACCCAUGACUGCCAGGAAGCCACGGAAGGCGUCUGUACCUGUAGAUUUGCUACUUAUAGGGAAACUUAAGGUUGAAACUAACACUUUUUUUUUUCUCUUUGUCUUCUUGACGCCUCUUAUUCAGUAGCAUAUUCUUUGGGAGGAGGAAUGAAGAAUGUUUUAAAACCUAUUGUUAUAUACCGUAUAUAUUCUCUAAAUAUUUAUGCCAAAAGUUAUAAAAGGUCUGUUAAUGCCCCAUGUGGGUGUCCCAUUACAGGGUUACCUUUUGAGAGGGACCCUUUUGGCUUUAUAUUUCCCCUUCUAGGCACCAUUGGGAAGGUCCCCCCUCUCAAUUUAUACUCUGGCCACAUGAGAACCAAUUACAGGCUUCUUACACAGACGCCUGUGAUUGGACCAUUUUGCUGGAGAGCUUGUAGGCGUUCUGCUUGCAAGGGGAAGAUUUUGACAUCUGUCAGCGGGCAGUGUUAUAGAUCCAAUAUCGAUCUUUAUGUUCAGGGGAACCCAAAUUGUAUCAAGUGCACUGGGAGAAGCGUGAAUCAGACACCAGACUCGUGUUGGUUAUCAAAAUAAGCCUCUGACGUUUAGUUUAUCAGUUUGUGCUUUUAUACGUUAAAAAGUAAGUGCUUACGUGCAAAUACUCAUAGAACAGUAAUGGGAAGGGAGUGAAAUAACAGGGAAGGAGUACAGAUAAGACAUAGGGAUGAACGUCAUGUACAUAGAACAGAUAAGUUCAGGGAAAGAAGGAACAGACUGAUUUAGGAGCUGGGGUUAUCUGUCCCGGAACUAGACAUAUAUGGUCUUAAGUGUCGUUUUAAGCAUUAAGCAUUUCCUGAGUCCAAGUUAGCCAAUUUUAAUAUAGGCUAUCUAAUAUGACACCUAUAAGCUUGAACCUUGGAAUCAAGGUAAAUUCUUUCACAAGUGCAUGCUGACAACAGAUGUAAUUUAUGCACAUUAUUGACAUUGGCUGCCUGGAACUGAGUUCUGGACUUCAUAAGUGCAACAACCCCCAGCCCACAAUUACAGAUAUCUCUGGAUAUACAGUGUUUCAAGCAGAAACUCUGUCAAUACUGACUCCGAAAAACUGAAGUGGUCAUGGUGGUUGGAUUAACAGAGCAGGAGAUGAGACAUUCUAAAUUAACUCUAAUUUCACUUUACAGGAAGUGUUUAGGAGGGCUGUAUAAGUGACACGCAGGGAGAUGUGAAUAGAGCUACAGAAACAGUGAUUGAACUCCUAAAUGGUAGAGAGCCAUUGAGCAGUUGGACUGCAGGGGCAUGGUCUAUACCUAAAAGCCGCUUCAUAAAUUACGCUAUAGUUGUUUUAGUGCCUAUAGAGUCCCUUUACAUAAAAUAUGCGGUGGGGGGCUAGAUUAAUUAUAUUGGGGAGAGGGGAGAAUUAGUGGUGUCAAAGUGGACGAGAUAAUAUCAAUAAAUGUAAACGUUCACAUUUUGAGCUCUGUAUUAGACAACACCUAUUUGUUCGCAAAAUCCUUUUUCUGAUGCGUGGUUAUCUGCACUGCUAUAUACAUUGUAUUUAGUUACCUCCUAUCCACCAAGGGGCUCUGUGUCUCUAGAUUUGUUGGAAUAGUACAUUUGAGAGAGGUUAGGGCUAUGAUCCACAGGAUUUCUUAAGGUGGAGCAGGCUGGCUUACCCUAUAAUUAUUCUGCUUCCGCUCCAAAUUCAUAAUAUCAAGGUUUAUAUUCCAAUCCACUUACCACUGGCUGCAGUUAACUCUUCUGUUAUAUAAUCAGUAUAUUGGGUGCAAGUUUUAACCCCUUAGAAAUGCUACUGACAUAGCUACUCUAGUGUCAUAUACAACGUCCAGUUAUAUUAUUGCCUGUUUCUGUAAAACAAAUGACUGCAGGAGAGCUAAAUCUUACUUUAAAUAUAAUUUAAUUAGUUUAGCACUUAUUUAGAACAACACUCCAAGCACCAUAACCAUAUCAGCAGAUAGUUCGCCAGCGAGCUUAGCUCAGGAAUCUAAUGGAAGUUUCUGCUGAGGAACUUCUGUCUCUCUGUUGGAAGUAGUGUGCGCGUGCAGUGGCACUGGUGAAGCCCAGGUAAGACGUCAAACCAAUUCUUGAAACAGGACGCCUUAUACAGUGGCACCGCUGAUUGGAUUAGAGUGUCUGACACUAAACAAAUCAGUAGCUCCCCAUUCGUAAAAAAAAAACACGCUUGAGAAAAAUGUUUGUUUUCUCAAGCUUUUUUGUGAAUGGGGAUCUACUGAUUGGUUUAGAGCAUCAGCUGACCACUGUCCAAGGCCUCCUGUUUCAAGACGUAAAGAGAAACGGAAAGGUAGUACGGCACUAAAUAAGGCUGGAUUCAAUCAUUUAGGGUUACCCCCUACUUCCUGGCACCAUAACAACUUCAUCCAGAUUUAAGUUGUUAUGGUGCCCAGUCCUUUAAAUAUUGGAUAAGAAAGGGAACCGUGAUAUUUGAAGAGACAAGCAGUUAAGAAAAAGUGGGGGCAGAAGAGAAUUGCAGGCCUAUAAUGAGUUUUAUUUCUUAAUACUUUAGUCUUCAUUAAAAAUCCUGGAACGUUGCAGCCUGUGAAGGGAUGUGUGAUUUUUCUCAGAUUGCGAAGUGGUGAUCCCAUCCCCCUCUCUGUAAUUUCUCUUGAUGUGCUAUUGGUGUGCUGCUACCUGAUGGCUAAACCUUCUCUAGUAAAUCGAUUUCAAAGAUUUCCCACGCUCUGCAUUUAUGUUUGGUUGUCAUUUUGAUUUUGUAUCUUUUGGGUGUUUGUUGGGUUUUUAUUAUUUUAAUUUAUUAUAAAAAAAAAAAAAAAAUUAAAAAAAAUAAUUUGAAGUAGCUGGUAUUUUCAUGUGACUAAUUUUGAAACAAAUCCAGCAGGGGGAGUAAACGUGCCUUUUACUAUUAUUAUUAUUUAUUACUUUUCCUGUUGUGUGUGGUGCUACGUCUCGCGUCAGUAGAACCACAAGCAUAGCCUCCUGGUGUCCAGAGCUCCUAAUUCAUUAGGGAAUCGCCAAAGUACCUGGCUGCCCACCUCUCAUGUUAGUCACCCACACCAAGCCGUGUCCUUUUAAUGUUGUCUGGCCAGCAGUUAUAACAUUUGUAACCUAGAGGCGAUUGGGAACUAACCAUGCAAAUCGUCAGUCCUCCUCCAGUGCCUUUCGUUUGCUAGCUGGGAAGUAUGGACAAGUUUCCUGUACAGCUCUUAAGCAAGCUUAGACGUGUGUAACAGCCUCUGUGUAUUAAUCUGUAAUGCAUACAUUUAUCUAACCUUCCUUGUCUCCUGCCUUGCCCUUUCUAACCAAAGACUGCAAAAAAUAAAGACCAAACAUAUCUGUGAAUCCGUAACACUGUGCAUUAUUCACUGUUUAAGCCACUUGAAUUGUGUAUGGCCAUAAAUGCUCUUUAUCCAUUCUAAUUUAACAUAUAAUCAGACUGUAUUAAACUUGUUUUAUUUUUAUUAAUAAAAUAAUUAAUAUUUCUAUUUUAAAUAGGAAAUGAUCAGUUAUGUUGUCAUACUGUCUUAGUCUACAACCCUUUUUAGGCAGAUCUGUUUCACCCCUGGGGACUCUCAUUUAGCCCUUCAGGCUGAGUGUCGUUGUGAAUUAAUAUUGGCACUACUUUAGAGCCCAUUAUUGGCAAAUCUACAAAUACAGACUUUAAAGGGACAUUGUAGGCACCAUAACUGCUUCAUCUAAUUGAAGUGGUUAUAGUCUUUGGAGUCCUUUAGUGAAGUCCUUCCAUUCAGCAUGAAACUGUUUUUAAUGUUUUAGUACUAAACGAGAGUCCCCAGUAACCCAUCCCUUCGGUGCUGCUUGUGCUAAUGAGGAAGCAUUAGCCGUAACAGCAAUGGCUGGCUGUGAUUGAUAGUGCCAGCUGACUAUUCUUUGCCUGUCAUCCACAUGAUGUGAAGUGGACCUGUCUCCUGAAAUUCUCUUAAAUCUUAUAUGCAAUAUUGCCAGCACAUAAAUAUUCCAUCUAACAGGCUGCAAAUGUUCAAAAAGUGCAAUUGGUAUAUAUUCCAGCUCUUAUAAUUUUUUUACAUGCUUCUUUUAUAACUUUUUAUUUUUUAUUUUUGUUUUUCUCUUUUCAGUGAAAGGAGUGAAUUUUUACGGCCCGAACAGCGAGUUUGUGGUUAGCGGCAGCGAUUGCGGUCACAUAUUCCUCUGGGAGAAAUCCUCCUGUCAGAUUGUACAGUUCAUGGAUGGUGACAAGGGCGGCGUGGUGAGUAUUUCCUAAAUCUCUUCACCUCGUUUUCACAGUGGAAAUAGUGAUGGUUAUCAUUAAGAUCCUCAAAUAUAAAAUCUGUAGCACGUUUCCUAUUCUGCACAUUUUUAGAACUUUCUCAGUUACAUUGCUGAUUCUUAAGCUAGUCUUUAAAGGGACACAAUAGUCACCAAAAAAGCUUUUGCUUAAUGAAGGCGUUUUGGUGUAUAGAUCAUACCUGUGAUGUAUAACUGCUCAAUUCAAUGCCAUUCUGGAGUUAAAUCACUUUGUUUCUGUUUAUGCAGCCCUAGCAACACCUCCCCUGGCUCUGACUGACACAGCCCGCUUGAAAAAAAAUGGCUUUACUUUCAAUCAGAUGUAUCUUAGUAUAAACACUUUUAUAUCCUGUACUGUAUGUAAUUGUACAUCAAUUACAUACAGUAAGUACCUGCAAAGUGUAGCAAGCUAUUAACAGUGCAGGAGUUAAGAAAAUCUACAUUAAACAGAAUUUGCAAUAAAGGAAGUGUAAACAUUAGGUGACUCUUUACAGGAAGUGUUUAGGAAGUCUGUUUAAGUCACAUGCAGGGAGGUGUGACUAGGACUCUAUAGACAAAGUGAUUUAACUCCUAAACAGCAGAUAAUUGAGAAGUGAUACUGCAAUGGAAUGAUCUAUACACCAAAACUACUUCAUUAAGUUGUUUUGGUGACUAUAGUGUCCCUUUAACCAUUUAUGAAUUAUAGAGUACUAAAGGAAAGCUUAAAUUCUGAAGCGAUUGAAAACAUGGCUGACUUGCUGAAUUUUUCAGAUUCACCUAUUUUGGCCUGAAACUUGCAAUUCAUAUUGAACUGCUAACAAUUGUUGGGGUCACGUGUUUUGUAUGAAGCUUCAGCGUUCCUCUAAUUUGGGAUAGGUUUGAUUAAAAACCUUUCUAGGGAGAUUUAAUGUUUCUUCCACAGGUUUCAAUAUAUCCAACUUGAAUAGGGAUUGCACACACAAAGCAAUGAGGGAAUUCUGGGUUGUGCUCUGUUUUCAACAGGGGUUACCGACAUACACUUGUAUACUCACAGCAUAGUGUUUUUCUUUAAAUUCUAUGAUGCAUGCAUUUGCUAGCUGUUUGGGAACACAAUGUAUAGACCACAUGACAUGGUUCAUUAAAGUACACCACUCUUGUUAUAUUUUAGGGAUUUUUAAAGAAACGCUACAGGCACUCAGACCAUUUCUACAGUGCCUGUAGUGGCUGUCAGUAUGAACACCAGUAGAGGUGCUUCCAUAAAAAAGCAGAGUAAAAAUCUAAUUUAGUCAGAUGGUCUCAGAGGACCAUCUGAUUAGCACAGUGUGGUGUUUUGCUGCUCAAGCUUGCGGAUUGGCCGAGAUCAUCAACAUUGAUAUCCGCCAAAGAGGUGGAUCUUCCUGGAUGAGACUGUAUUUGUACUCCUAACACUAUAGUGUUCCUUUAAGCAAUAUAAUGCCCUUUUGUAGUGAUAAAUGGAAGCUGCAAUGCAAGGGGUUGGUUAAAACACAGAUCUUAAUCGAUUUCCUUCAUCCCAAUAGAAUAUUUCCAGUCCGUUUUCAAUUUGCCAGCUGCAAAAUGUGCAGGUUUGGAGACUACAUCAAGCUAUUAAUCUAGAGAUUUCAUUGGAGAAAGGUUUCUGCUGUUUAUCUCCAGCUUAAUCCAAAAGCUCUUGUUUUAAACAAUUUAUUUAGCAUUACUCCAGAAAGCGCUAAUCCAAUCUGCGCAACUCAUAUCCCCUGCAUUGUACACUAGCUGCUAUUUUUUAGAAUAAAACCAAUUCUCCCCACGAAUAUUAUAUUUUAACUGCAGCAAGCGGUUUGGUCUUGGCUUAUUAAACCUCGGGGGGAUUGCUGGGCACUUUUGUACACAGCUAUUUUUUUGAAUUAGGCAACUUAGAAAGAACACCGGCUUCCUUUGUGAGCCUGGGGGAGGUAUUUGAACAACAGGUAAACAUGCUAUUUCUUCCAAUUAUUUGGCACAAUUACAUUUUAAGUGCUUCAUUUAUCUGCAGUGUUUUUAUUGUGGCCAUAUUUCUUACUAAUCCUCUCGGUGUUCACUGAGCUUAGAGCUCAUAUAUGGUGGUAUAUACACAGAAUGGAAUCCGCUUGCUCUACUGGGCAAAUGCCAACAGAAUCUCUCUGCGAAGAUCUGGAUUGUGUACUUUGCAGUGCAGUUCUACACACCGAUCGUUAUUUUCAUAACUGUGUGUCUGUGUUUGUUUUUGAAAUGCUAAUGCUGGUCUGCAACUUAACCAGCAAACAUCUCCCUUUCCACAGGUCAACUGCUUGGAACCACAUCCCCACUUGCCAGUCCUGGCCACCAGUGGCCUAGAUUAUGAUGUAAAAAUCUGGCUCCCUACGGCCAAGGAACCGACUGAACUGCAUGGGCUGAAAGACGUAAGUGAAGGAGCUUCUGUUUUCUUGCUCUUACCAGCUAAUGUUACUCGGAGUAAGACGGUUCUUCAAAAGCAUCAACUUGGUGCGUGGGCUUGAGAUUAGUCAGCACAGCACUGAGCUCAUCCUUACCCAUAUGGCAUUAUCCAGAGCCAUUCCAGAAAAUGACUCUCAAAACAAGUGGAGAAAAGUUUAACCGUUUCCUCCUGUGCACCAUACUGUUAAAACAAUUGGUACACUGAUCUAGCAGUGCUCAUAUACUGACAGCCACACAAUGUUUAUAGAUGUACAACCAGUGCUGUGGGCAGAAUGCAAUAAAGUUAAUUUAAGUUCAGUCCAGGAGGGGGCUCUAGGUUAGCACACCAGUUGCAGUGGUGAGGGCUGUAAAGUGCCAAUUUUUCCAUGCCUGAUAACAUCCAGAGUCAGACAUGUCCUGAAGUCCCAGCUCAAUCGCAAGAACAAGAUCUAAGCGAUCAACACACAUUCCCUACUAGUCAGGUACCCAGAUGAUACAAUAACCUGGCCAAGAGAAGAAUUGGUCACCACUCAUGUUAAGACCCAGAAACUACUCACUAUGAAUCUAGGAUUCCACCUGAAACCCAGCACCCAGAGACUGUUCACCAGCCGAAAGCAAAAUACAUUACGAAGAUGGCUCCCAAAGAUGAACUGCUAAGACAGAUUAGGGUGCAGAAAAGGAGGAGCUUCCACGGCAAGACAAAUCUCUCCAUGGGGUGUACCGCCGGCAGAUAGUGGAUGUGGCUCACAUGAAAAAAAUCGUACCAGUGGUUGGAAAAUGCAGGACUGAAAGACCACACUGAUUAACUAAUCCUAACCCCUCUAAGCACUCAGCAUCAGUUAAUUAUAAUUGAGAGUCUACCACACCAGGCAAGACCAAGGUGCAGACUGUGCGAAGAGACUUCUGAGACAAUCCAGAACAUAGUAGCCAGGUGCAAGAUGAUAGCAGGGACCAUCUACACUGAGAGACAGAACCAAGUUGCUGGCAUUGUGUACCGAAAUAUCUCUACAGACUAUGGGCUGGACCUGCCCAAGUCUAGAUGGGAGAUACCACAAAAUGUAGUUGGAAUGACAGGGCUAAGAUCCUGUGGGAAUUUCAGAUCUAAACAGACAAGCAAGUAGUGGCCAACCAACCCGACAUCGUGGUGGUAGACAAGUAACGGAAAACUGCAGUGUUGGUGGAUGUGGCAGUACCCAGUGACAUCUGGAAGAAGAAACAUGAGAAGGUGGACAAUAACCAAGAACUGAAAGAGGAGCUAGAGAUUGAAAUUAGAGGCAGCAGUAGUGUUGUAAUAGGAGCACUCAGGGCUGUGCUCCUGCAAAUUCCAUCUGGGAUCGCUGUCCAAAAGAGUACAGUUCUAGGAACGUCUAAAAUACUCUUCAGAACCCUCAGACUCCGAGGUCUCUGGUAGAGGACCCGAGAAUGAGGUAUACACAAAAAUACCACCUGGAGGGGUGAUAGAAAUAUAUUUUGAUUAUCAGAGUAACGAAGGGUGAGUUAAACUAGUGGCUUGUGUGGCACUCCUGAUUCCUUCCCCAUCGUGAUAUCAAUGUUGGAGAUUUUGAUGGUGAUUUUUGCAAACUACUAUGAUGGUGUUGCUGUGCUCUCUGAAGUCAGGUGAGUCCAAAGCAGAAGAAAACUUGUUCACUCUUUUGGGAGCAUAAUUUGAAACAGGACUGCUUAAAGAUACUUGGUGAACUCUUAAUUGCUGAAAACACUUCACUGCUGCCAGCCAGGAAAAUAUUGCCGGGUGCAUGCUAAUAAUUAUGAAGUGUAGGAAAGAUGAGCAAAGUAAAAAGGGAAUUUUAAGAAAAUACUCUUUAAAUCAAAUACGCUCGCAGGGUCAACUGUCUUAGUCAUUUUAGUCAAUAUUGUGGGGGUUCAACUUUUUCGUGGGCACAAACAAAACCUAGACCCACCAACAUAUGGAAUCCAUGUAUGUUCAUUGUAUUUAUAGACUUUAAAUUGUUAUGAUUUUUAUAUAUUAUUUUAAAUACUUUAUUUUGUUCUUUCUUACAGAUCAUUAAGAAAAAUAAGCGAGAGCGUGAUGAAGACAGUCUACAUCACACAGAUCUCUUUGAUAAUCAUAUGCUAUGGUUUCUAAUGCACCAUCUGCGACAGAGAGGACACCGCAGGGUAAGUAUGAUGUCCACAGUGCCGGAGUUUCCUGGUCGCCUUGACUACUCAAAUAUCCCAUGUUAUGCGGUCGUGGCCAAAAUGUAGUGCCCCGUUCCUCACAUAUAAUCAACCUUGCCUUCUUUAGUCCCGGUUAGGUCAUGUGUGUUGCCAACCCUUGGACUAAAGGUCAGCAGUUUUUCCAUGGUGACAGUUAAGAAAUGAUAUUAAAACGUAUAGUAUUGCAAGUUCAAAAUGUAUUUGUCACCCUGUAUGACAGAAGUUGGCAGUCCCUGUGCAACUGAAUUACAACAUUAAUACACGUUUCCAGCUGUACAAUAUCCAGCGAUGAGUCUAUAGGGUUUGCAUUUAUUUGGGACUGGAAAGUCGUAAAGAUCCUUAUCGUGGGUUAUUCAUGUGCAAUGGUAAAAAUGUAUUCAGGGGGUUAGAGGCUGUUUUUGGGGUUUUUUUUUAAAUGUAUUUAUUUAUUUAUGCUUAUUUUUUGUUGACGCUGCAUUUCCUUAAAUUCCAAAUUCCAUCGGUUUCUUCAGAAUACCGAUAAGCAGACUAUUUAACCAGCUGCAUACCUCUGUGUUAAUGAUGCAAAGCGUGUAUUCUUUGCAAGGGAUGCAAUCCGACCUCUAAAAUAUUCAGUCCUUUAAAGCAAAAGGGCAGGGGGAAGUACGUUCUGUAAAUUGAGGUUAUUUGAAGUGCUUAGUCGUUAUCCCUGAACGACUAAGCAGAGUCAUGCAUUUUAGGCCAAAAAUAGGUAAUUUGGCGAAAUCCUAAAAGUGUCAUUUUUCUGCUUUGGACAAACAUCUGCAAUUCUUUAUCAAUUAUCCACAAUUACUGUCUGAGUGUAUAAACCCCCUAUGUCGUCUUAACCCCUUAAGGACACAGCUUCUGGAAUAAAAGGGAAUAAUGACGGAAUAUUUCCGUCAUGUGUCCUUAAGGGGUUAAUAAGUACCAGCUUUGUAUACUAAAAUGGUCCCUAAAUGUUGUCAUUAGAUACAAGGAGCCCAGUGGUUUUAUCUUAUGCUUGGCUUUUAUUUCAAAAUCUCCUUCCAGCCCAUAUACCUGUCGUAUAGCUUCAAUUCUCUGUGCCCAGUGCAUCGUUCCAAACGCGAUUGCAGCCGGCACUACAUUGUUUAAUCAUCCUCCACUUGUGACACUUAUUGUGUUCUCCUUAGAUGGUGUAUUUCUGAAAUGCUUGUUUAGUUAGAUUAGCAUUGGUUCAGCCCCCUUGUAGGUGCUAGAUUGUCAGGGUUUAAUCUGUUUACACUGUAUUAUUUAACCCAUUGUGGAAGGUUAAAAAAAAAAAAAUGUAAACAGUUGCUACAGUUUGGGAUUUAUAUAAACCCAGCCCAAUGUGACACCUCAACGCCAUCUACACCUACACAUGACGAACCUUGCAGCCCAAUGUUUCUGAGUUUAACUUCCAUGAUGCUCAGGCAGCCUUAAGGGAAAUGUAAAAUCGAAGUACCCCGGUAAGUGGUUACUCCAACUACCUGUGGAACUAUUUGCAGUGUUUAAUGCUAUACCAUUGACCCGAGAAGGCUGAAUCACAGAAUAAAACAAACGUUUCAUCCAUACAUGUUCUAUAACAAUGUAUACAGUUAGUUUUAUUUAAAGUGACUCCACACGUUAAGCUUAAUUCCUAUAAAUAUUUACAGAAAGCUAUAUGGAAGCUAGGAAAUAUGACUUUUUAUUGUCUCAGAAAAAUCAGCAUUUCACUGUAGACUGUGGUUUCCCUUGAGUUUAUCCUGACUGGUGGUUGCUGAUGACAUUUUAAGCCAACCCGAAUGUAGCUUGAAUUCAGAGUCCAUCAGCCAAUGAAAACACAGCUAUGAUUUCAGAUGUCUGUGUUUUUUUAUUUUUUAUUUCCUAUUUCUUUGCCUUUCCUUACCUGAUCUGUACUGUGCAAGGGCUCCUUGAGACUUGAGCCAGUAAAACCUAGAGACUGUCUUUUCUUUUUUUUUUUUUUUUUUUAAGAAGCCAGUUUUAUUUAGUACUCUCUCCUUAUAAGGCUAACUCAUGGUACUACAUAAUACAUAUUUCCAGGGAUAAGUUUAUCAGAGGUGUAUGAAUGCGCUUUAUGCGUUGUCGCCAUAAUGUGUUUUUCCUGUUUUUGCCUAUAGAGAAGAAGAGAUCCUGGCUUGGUGACCGGAGAGGCUGAUUCUGAUGACUCUCAAAGCUCCUCGGACAGCUCGGAAGAUGAAGAGGAGGGUCCUGACCGUGUCCAGUGCAUACCCUCAUGAGCGUCCAGCCUCAUGCUCCAUGCUGGGAUGAGUGUUGUGCCUGCACCACCCAACCUCUGAGGAGCAUAGGGAAUGAAGAGGACUUCUUUACUAACUGACAUUUUCAGCUUUUUAUUAAGGUUCUAGGACAAUAGUUUAAAGAAAUAAAUGACAAAACAAAAUAGCCCAAGCAGUUCCUCUUCUGCCCAUUCGUUUUUUUUUUGGAAAGGGGCGUCCCAUGCUUCGCAUAAAUUGCACUUUGGAUUUUCUGGCUUUCGUGUGAAUAUAAUAUGGAAGACACUUUAAUACAUUUUUUCAAUGCAGCCUGUGAGUCAGAAGAGUCAAGAGUCUGACGAGACAGCUUCAGAGAGAGACUGUAAAGAUAAAAGAAAGUCAGCAGGCGUUGUGAGAGUAAGCAUUAUUUUUGUAAUUACACAUGCUUUCCUUUAAAGAAGAGCAGCCGUCUAAAACCAGCGUCUAUCCCAAUAUGCUUCUAGUUUUAUCAGAUUCAUGUCCCCGUGUCCUGGCUGCUUUGAGGUUCAUCUUCACCUUUUUCCCACCACGGUAACUGCAUUGAGAGUCUUAACGUUGGGGCUGUGAGUGAUUUAUGAGAAUAUUACAGUUUGUUUCACGAGUACUCAGUACUUUUCAUUGCUUGUGUGAAAUGUAAACUAUAUAAAAAAAAAAUCCAUUAUUUUAUUUCUUUAACUAGAUUUUGUCUCCUUGUAAGAGUCCUCAAGCUUCCAGCUGUGGAGAUAAUCUCCUGAUUUUUGGAUUUUUUUUCUUUUCUUUUGCAGCAUUGAUAUUUAGUCUGUUCCACACAUCACAUUGUGACUCUGUCUUUGAGACGCAUGUAUUUCAUUCAUGAGACCCUACAGAGAUGCAAAUAUUUCAAUUUAGUCCGUCGUAGCACAUUGACUCUCAAAGGGAGAUUAGAGAUGGGUACAUUAAUUUGUCUCUAGUUUUGGAAUCCUGUAACUCUGUCAGCCCAAACAAAGCCAUGUACUUAAUAGAUAUAACUUAACACCUGCAGAAUUAGGUUUGUUAUAUGCACGGUGAAUUGGGAGCCUCUUGAUGGAUUAAGUAAAGAGAUGGAUGUAACUCAGAUGUGUUUGUGAACUGUGAUAUUUUUUUUUAUUUUUUGGGGCGGGGGGGGCGCUAACAAUGUGGCACGGUCAUCUAAAAACUGGUUUUGGUUGUAGGUUUUAAGGUCAACUCUGAGAAAAGUCCCACCUGCUAAAUAAAAGUUUUUAGUUGGGCCAUUUAAAUGAACAUCUUCAGGCUCUAUGGAGCAAUUCCAAGUUGAUCUUUCAGUAGAAGCAUUGUGCACUUUGUUAUCCGUUCAAUAACCAAUAAUUAACUGAGAAAGUAUUUCACCUAAGUUAGAGAGUAAUGGGAUUUCUAAGCAUUUUCUUUCUAUUAUGUAAAAACGUUUUUAAUGUAAAGGAAUUUUUGACUGGCAGAAUCGCUUCUUCAUCCACUUUUUGGAUGUUAAAAUGAUCUUUUUGAAGAAUUAAUUCCUGCUUGAAUUAAAAUGGAUGCCUGGCGUGUACUCCAUACAAUUACCUUGCAAGCUGCUCCAUAACUUUCUCUCUCCCUGUGACUUUUUUUUUUUUUUCUUCCAUUUCCCAGUGCUGCUCUGUUUUUCUGUCUGUUGCCUCCCUCUACGCCUGCUGUUAGCAAAGCUUCCACAGCAGGGAACUGUAAAUAAAAAUUGCGAUUGUUUGCACUUUGAUUUUUUUUUUUUUCUGUUUUACAGUUUUCAUUAAAAUUCUAUUAAAAUUAAAAAAAAAUAAAAAAAAUAAGCAAGAAGAAAAAUUUCUCCAAAAAAGUAAAUAAAAAGCCGUUUGCAUUUAAGGGGGAAAAAAAAUAAAAAAUAUUCACAGAACCAAAAUUCCAAAUUUUGAGGCAGUAAACUGGCUUUGCUUUAUCAAUAUUUUAUUAAUCUGAAUAUUGACCUGGAUGUUUCUGAAGUUGAGAAUUGUUACGUUUAAAAAUAAAAAAAAUAAAAAUAAAUAUAUGAUUAUAUAUUAUAUAGAAAUAAAUGCAAUAAGAG